GCAGACCAAAAUCCCAAACAAGGAAAUGGUGGGGGAAUAAAACGAGCAGAUUAUUUAAUUAAUGCAUGUAAUAAUUAAUAUUUUAUUUUAUUGUAAAUUAAGACUUAUUUAUGGGUUAAAAUGGAUUACGACUUCAAAACAAAGCUGGCGGCCGAGAGAGAGAGAGUAGAAGAUCUGUUCGAAUAUGAAGGUUGCAAAGUGGGUCGAGGCACCUACGGGCACGUUUAUAAAGCUAGGCGCAAAGACGGGUAAGAUGACCGUGAUGGUUAUUGUUUGUGCUGAUAUGAAGCUGGCUGCAGGACGAGGUUUGAGCCCGCUGUCCUCGGCGGAGAGUCGAGCGGGUUAGCGUUGGGUCUGGAGCUCCUGGAGCCACAGAAAUAUAUAACCUCGUUGUGUGUAUGUGUGUGUCUGUGUUUGUGUGUGUGUGAGUGUGAUUGUGUGUGCGUGUAUCUGUCUGUCUGUGUUUUUGUUUUCAUGUAACGCUCUCACUCACUCACCAACCGUCCCCCCUCCCUUUCUCCUCCCCCUCCGUCUCACCCACACCCCCAAAACAACAGCAUGAAGCUAACGCGGUUCUAAUGUCUGAUAUCUGACUGUCUGCUCGGUCCUAUCACUGCAGCAGGAGGGCAACCUGCUUGAUGCCUGCUGGUUAUCUGCUGGUUACUGUGUUUAUCGGGUAGGACAGAGGGACACAGGUCCCCUUACUGCAUAGGGACACUUUAGGGUCGUGCUGUCCAACAAGAAGAAAGUUUGUAAAGCUAUCAAUUUGCUGCUGGUCCCCAAAAUCAGAAUCUGUCCAGGUUGUGACACUGUAUGUUUACUGUAGGCUCUAGAAAGGAGGAUCUGCUUCCUCCAGCAAAUGGUACUGUGUAAGUAUGUGACAGUGAUGCCAGCUGCUGGAUGCAAAAUAACUGUAUUUACUGCAGAUUUGGUCAGUUGUUACUCUUCUUUAGCUCACCGUUUACCUCCGUGGUACUGGUUGAAAAACUUAUUGUUAUACCUUGGGGUAACAUCAAAUUAUUAACUAACAAAUACAAUGAAGUUGGGAUGGACCAUAACAUCUGCACGUCAGCAUGAAGGUUAAAUGAAGAACUAGGAAUGUGUGCUUUUUUAAAUAAUAACACAUCUUUCCCAGUGCCCAAAUAAAGCAUAUCAAAUCCAAAAUAGUCAUUGACUAGUGUUUCAAUAUUGUAGUAUUAAGUAUUAAAGCCACAUAAAGCAAUCUGAUGCAUAACCUUAUAUCUGUGUCUGCAAUUGAUUCAUUAAAAAUCCUCCUAGAACACGCUACUGGCUAAGACAACCAUGUAUUUUCAAUUUUGAGACAUAACAUAUGAUAUAGGCAUUAAAUAUUGUCCUUUAGCCAAUUUGCUGUUACAUAAUCAGUAUCAGUAAUGGCCACUGAGAAAAUGUCCCACCAAUCUAGAAGUCAGGUUGAAACAAAAGUGGACACAGAUAGUCCAAAAAAUAUAGUACUGAAUCUUUAAAGUGAUCCAAUAUGAAAUAUUGGAUUUUCAUAUCUGAUGUCUGAUGGUAUUUAAUGACAGUUCUUGCUCUCAAGUUGCCCCCCAGAUGUAUUAUGGUGACUUUGUAUGUAUGUUGUCUUUGUAACCGGUUUGUGUUGAUGCUGUUAAGGCUUUGUGUAUUUUUUUACCUGACUGCAAAGCAAACUUCCCGCAGGGGACAAUAAAGUGAAAGUUGAAAAUGUAACUACAUUCAAAGUUAAUCUGUGUUUGAUAUAAAUGGAGGUUAACAAUAAUGUUAACACAGAGGCCCUCCACUAUCCAAGUCCAGUUUAAUCCGAAUUUGUUACAGAUUACUUUUAAUCUAUGAAGGGUGUAUAAUCUUCCUCAGUUUGAGAAAGUGAGACACAGCUUGGUGUGUUACUUUUUAUAUAGCCUUGCGUUAUUCUACUGUUCCAUUCUUUGCUGUUGUAUUGUGUCGUCCAGCUUGUGGCUCUGAACUCCAUGAAAGUCUUUGUAGGUGAACAGCUGCAGGUUCCAGUAACAGCUGAGGCUCAAAUCCAGCAGGUAUUGGCCUUUGUUUUAAAGGAGUCACCUGUAAUAUGACAGGCACAAAAAGCUUCAUUGCUGCUGUGGUUGACCUGAAAACAUCCAAACUUCCCACUGUUUUCUGGAGCCUUAGUAGUUUGAAAGAGAAAAUAGCUGAGACUUUCCUUCACAACCAAAAGAACACUUUCAGAGAAAGACCGAGCGAGUUAAGAGCAGAAAGGAGGAGAAAACAAGCAGGGAAACAGACUUUAGUGAAAGGGGAAAUUUGGAAAGGCUUCUGGGUGGGUGUCUCUUUUGGGAUCACUUUGAUACCUGACAUCAGGUUGUAGAUUUGUCUUGGAACAAGCUGUUCAGGGAACCUGAAAACAUGUCUGAGGGUAACGCUGCCAUCUGUGUGUCUCGCAUGUGAAACUUAACCAAGUGAAUGAAGUGUUUAGGUUCACCCACAGUUUCUGUAAUUAUAAUAAUAAUAAAACAAAAUAUCUCGAUCUAGUAAGCCUAAUCAGAUACUGUGUCACUGUGAUGUUUUACUACAUAUUACUUUCUGCAUGAGACCUUUUCUCCAGUCAUGGUUAACUUGCUGCAGCUGUAAGGGCUGCAGCUGGAGAGUUCUGCUUAUCUCCUCUGUUACACAGGAUGAUAGAGGUGUUAGUUGAGGUCAGGAGGUCAUGCUGCAGCACUGUACCAGGGGCUUUGCUGAUGCUCCCUCUGCCCCCAGCUUAGUCCCUCCUUUUAAAACUGUCUUUGAUUUUAGAUGUGUUCUUCAGGUUGUCACUGAUACUGCUCUGUUCUGUUCUGUUCUGGGUCCUUGCUUUGCUGCUGCUCUCCCUGCUUUGAUUUUUCAUGUCUGCACAUCAAACAGAAUAGAGGCCUGCCUUAGACUAUGCCCUUUCACAUAGUCACAAGCAAGGGGAGGGAGCUCUCAGUCAUGGCUUGGAGUCAUGGCUGACACUCUAGCAGCUGUGAUUUUUCUGUAUUAAACAUUAAACAGAGGGGAGACAUUCUCUUCCUGCCUUUGGCUUUAAAGUGUGAACAUGAAAAACAAUUAAAACAUUCAAGAAUUAAGCAGGAAUCAAGUGUGAAAAAUUAGGCGAGGAUUGGUGUGUACUGAGCAAGUUUUGGGGCUUCCCCCUGUAAAAAUGUGUUUGCUGCUCACUGUUUUUCUAUUUUUGAAUCAUUUGCACCAAUUUUUUAUUUUUAUCUUACAACUUAAUUGAUCUAAAAAUGAGUUGUUGCUGCCAACAUGCGCGUACAUGACAUUUGCUAUUGCACGUACAAGGGUGGAAGGACAGGGAGCUUUCACAUCAGAGUCUUACCACCGAAUGUCUGUUGGCGAUUCUCAGAAAAAAGUCUAGAUAAGAUCAGGAUAAGUCAUCAGCUAUUUGUGCUCACACACGCUGUCUGCUGAAAUAAACUCAGGAUUUUAUCUGCAAUCAAGUUAGAGUAAAAGGCUCCAGAUUAUGGUUAAAAGUCCUUAAAAAAUGUGGGGCUUUUGUGCAGUUUUAAUAUUUAACACAAAAGAGUGUUUUUAAUAAAGUUUUUGAAAAAAACAUAACUAAAAGCAACUCUCACUGGUGAGAUCAGUAAAAGGGGGGUAUUAUGCUUUUUUUCUUACUAUAUUUCCUUUCUGAUACCUCUUUAAUAGCCUUACUUGAUUUCAGAUUUUAAAAAGCCUCAAAUUUUUCACAGUGCAGCCGUUUUAGCUGCUGUCUCUUUUAGGACCCUCCCAUCCACAAGCCCACUUUUUUUGAUUGGCCACCACUUCAGAGGCCUUCCAGAAGCUGACCAAGGGCAAAGCCCAAUGUUUUGUCCCCUCUCCCUGUAUUGUGGUUGAUCAGCCAAGCAGCGGAGCAGCAUUAACCCUCAGAUUUGAUUAGUUUAUUUUCAAAGAUUAUGUCAACGUGCGUUUACCUAGUGAUUUGAAACUUUGCAUACAUGUAGUAUGGACACCAAACUUUGUAACUCUUCAGUUUUUGUUGCUAAUGUGGAAAAGCAUGAAACCCCCCCUUCAAUGACUGCUAUAGGCUAUAGACUCAAACAGAUCCCAGCCGAGGCCUAACUUCUGUGCAUGCAGUUACAGAAGUGCACUGUCUGUAGACAGGUCUUCCUCAAGGUCAGGGUCAGACUCAGAAUUUGUUGAACCUCCUUUCUGAAACUGAUUCCAGCUCAGACAACACAAGGCCUGUAAAAUUGCACAAUAACAAGAGUAUCCCACUGUUCACUGUUGCUGAGUUCAAUCAUCAAACAGACUUUUGUUGAUAUGUGUUUUGUCUUUGUCCUUUUAACUGCACUAAUAUUAAGGCACUGUUUUAUUUAGAACUGGGGGGGGGGGGUGCAUUUUAAUAUAGUUGUACAUUUUGUGCAGUGACAAUAAAGACAUCCAUCUAAAGAUAAUAGAUGCCUCUUUCGCUGAGCUUUUGGACUGCACUCAGAAUAAUAGUGAUUUCCACCCUGCAGAGCACGAGAGAUGCUGGUCUACCUCACUAAGUUGGACAACAAUCAGUAUGUCAGUGUAUCCUGUGAUAUUUGAAUGCAGUUCAGUGAAAGUGUCUGAGCUGUCUGCUAACACGCAGAGUCAAUUCAAACAGAGGAUUUCUCCACAGAAUGAAAAAAACACUCCUGCCUCCUCCUGUAUGAGAUCUUUGUCCUCAGCUCAGAAGACGGGCAGUUUCCCCAUCGUAUUUUCCACAGCUACAGAGCGAGGAUAAACAUUUGAUGAUUUGAAUCUGACCAGAUUCAUGAAAGGAAAAACAGCUCUAUGCAGAUUAAAUGUUAUGAGCUGUUUUGAUAAUCUGUGCAGCUCCAUUAGUCUCAGAGACGAGUGCUGGGAGCCCCACUUAACCCAUGACCAUUUCCAAUGCAGAUCAGGCUGCAGUGGGUUUGAUCCCUGCAACACAAGGACCUGCCUGAAGUGUGUGGGCUGCUGACUGAAUGAAGCAGUGAUUGGACGCUGUCCUCAGAUUGUGUUUGUAUCUUAAUCAUCCCUCUUAGGAUGGUUUUAUUCUCAGUGUGCGCUCAUUUUCUGCACUGCUUCCUUUCAGGUUGUGUUUCAUGCAGCAGAUCAUUGCUGAGCCUCAUAAUCAAUAUUUGGCCGCUGAAUGUGUUCUGCCCUGCAGGCUCAUAUUUCGCUGAUUAACCAGAUUUCAUGCACAAAUGUAAUACACAAAGGCAAAUGACUCUGCUGCUAAUGAUAGACAGUAAAAAGGAAGCUUUGCAGCUCUCUGUCUGCAGAGAGUAAUGUACCAGCAGGCUCUAACCCUCACCCUGCAAGGAUGGACAUCUCCUGGGUGCCAGAGGAUUUUUACAGUAACAGGGAUUCCUCUUUGGCAGCCAGACUACGUUUCACAGUUUUUCCCAUGCUGUCCUCUGCUUUCUGCCAAAACACCUCCUGCUUUAGUAGGAAUUAGAGUUCAUCAGGUCACUGCUGUCAGGGCUGAAAAUCUGUGCCAUUGAAUAAUGUUUGUCCUGUUUUCUCUCUUUUAUUUUAACAGGAAGGACGAGAAGGAGUAUGCACUGAAACAGAUAGAAGGCACUGGAAUAUCCAUGUCUGCAUGCAGAGAGAUCGCUGUGAGUCACUGCUCUCUUUCAACCGCUAACAGCUCUGUGUCUGAGGCAUCUAUCACAUCUGUAACACCUGUAAAAUAUGAAACCGUGCUCUGUAUGUUUGAGUCUGAGAUCCAAAGCUGCAGUAAGUUUAGCGUAGCUGGACUUGAGAUGGAGGCUUAUUGUGAAAUCAAUUCAUUUUGUUGAACUCAAAUACAAACAGAAAAGUAAAAGUUUUUACAUUGAAACCUUUUAUUCCAGGUUUUUAAUGUAAACAGUCUUCCCAGCUUUGUCCCCCUUUUUGUAUACGGAUAGUAAUAUUACGUCAAUUCUGUGAGAGUCAAAAGAGUGUCUAAAAUGAUGGUUUUUAAAUUGAAGUCUAUAUUAAAUUGAAAAUAGAGCAAGGACAACAGAUCAGAUGUUGGAACUGAAAAACAUUAUUGCCGUUAAAAAGUUGUGUAAUGCUAAAAAAAAACAUCUGGAGGUAUAUCUCUCAACUAAUGAGGUUUAUUUGCAACAGGAAAGUAACAUGACUGGAUAUAAAGAGGACAUUCGGAGAGGUGGUCUCUCAGAAGGAAAGAUAGGAAGAGGUUUGCUACUUUGUGAGAGACUGUGUGUGCAACAGUUUCAGAAUAAUACUCCCAAGUGUUAAAAUGACCAAGAAUGAGUGGAUUUCAUCAUCGACAGUCCAUGAUAUCAUUACAAGAUUCAGAGAAUCUGAGAAAUCUUUGUACAAAUGGGACAAGAGCAAAUACUUGAUGGCCCAAUUCACAGGCGCUCAGGCCUGCAUUAGAAACAGACAGGACUUUGUCCUGGAAAUCACUCCACAGGCUCAAAAUCAGGUCUAAAAACCACUGAACACAGUUCGUCACUCCAUGCACAAAUGCAGGAGACCCAUGCAAAGAGGAAACAAACACAAUCAAUGUCCAGAAAUACCAUGGACAUCUCUGGACCUGAACCCGUAUAAUAUGUAAGUGAGGAGAAGUGAAAAAUUUGUUUGACAUUGUUUUUGUAAAUAAUGGAUGCUGCAUCCUCCACUCAAAAGAGAAGAGGGACCACUCAACUACUCAGCUCACAGUAGAAGCCAACAUCGCUGGUAUGGGGAGCAUAAAAGUUGAUAGCAUGGGCAGCUUACACAUCUGGGAAGGCUCCAUUAAUGCUGUAUAUGAUUUGGAGCAACAUACACUAUGCUGCCAUUCAGACAAUGAUUUUUUCAGGGUAGACCUUCAUAUUUCAGCAAGAUGAAGUCAGUCAACAUUCUGUACAUACUAGAACAGCAUGACUCUGUAGUUGAAGAAUCCUGCUGCUAAACUGGCCUGCCUACAGUCCUGACAUGUCACCCACUGAAAACAUACGGAGCAAUGUUGAACAAAAAAUUGGACAAAAGGGACCCUGAACUGUUGAGCAGCUGACAUCUUUUAUCAGGCAGGGAUGGGACAACGAUAACUUUACCAACUCCAAACUGUGGUGUUUUUGAUGGCGCAGCCACUGGUGCCAGUGUGACAGGUUGGGGAUGUUGACCCCUAUUUCAGACUGGUUUUUGUGGAUUGAGGGCCCUCUGACAGGCUGGUUGUUGGUGAUUGAAGCCCCUCUUACAGGCUGGUUGUUGGCUGUCAUGUUAGGCUCUCUGGUUUUAGUCAAACCUGCUCACCUGGAGGGGGACUGGGGGCCAUAUGGUGCUUGACACUGAUGAAACACCAUCAGUAACUCUGAACAAAUUGUCUGAGCCUCACCUUUAACUCAUAUCUCUAUGACCCUGCACAGCUGCACAUUAACAUCUCACAGUUAAUCCAUCAGUCAGAGAAGAGAAACAGACUGUCAGUAAAUCUGUCUGUGAGGAGUUAGUCAUCUUAAAACCUCAGCGUGACUAUGUGUAGAGGGAACAGAAGAGUUUUCACCCUGUCAAAUUAAAACAAAAGAUACCUGCCACUCAAAAGCUGCUCUGAAAGUUGAGUUUGCACCUUGAGGAGGACCUGUUUAUUCUCCUUAUCUCUGUACUUUCGAUCAGGGAUAUUCAGUAUUCAGGAUAUUCAACUGUACAUCUGAAUUCAUGAGCUUCACACAGCCUCUGGACUUUGGCCUCCCUCUCUUGUGUUCAUUUGUGGAGGAUUGUUCAGAUUGUCUGGCGUUUUCACAAAGUGAUGCCUUGGAAUACUGUAUUCUUUAAUAACUGCAAUGCGCUUUUUGUAAACGAGACAGGUUUGCAGUAAAAGAAAUCAAAACUUUUCAGUCAGUCAGAGUUACAGUGAUGGUUUCACUGUCUAUUCUUCACUUCAGUGUGGACAACAUUUGUAAAAACUGAGAUACUUAACAUGAUCUGAAUGAGAGCCAGAUUACCCACAAAGGUCUGAUCCUCUUCAGAAUAAAGAGACACUGUCAUUAAAACUGGUCUAAAAUGAUCAGAUUUUGUAUGUGUUGAGGCAGGGGCUGCAAGCUGAGCUGCUACUAGCUUCAGCCUUAAAGACCUACUCUGAUGAAAAUCAUGUUUUUCUUGUAAACUACAUGCUCAUAUUCUGAUGUUACAGGACAUAUGAGAAAACUAAUUGCAAAAUUUUGAAGUAUUUCUGCAUUCAAAUGGUUGUUAACCUCUGGCAGACCCAAACGCAGGUUCAGACACAGUCAGUAUGUUUACAUGACACUCAAGAAAACUGAAUUGCCUUACUCCGAUUCAGACCGGACAACUGAAGUGCAUGUGAACACCUUAGUCAGACUAUAAUCAGAGUUUGAGAACUCCGAUUGGAAUCUGAGAACUCCGGUUAAGACACCCAGAUAAUGUAACUGGAAUUCGAUUUACUAUACCAUGUAACCAGCGUAGUCUGAGUAUGAUCGGACAAUGCAUGUGCGCAAGAAGAAGUGGCACUGUCAUUUAAAGAACUUUUGACUUAGACGCAACUGCAACAUGGCUGAAACACGAAAGAAUGUCCACUUUUGGAACAACGAGGAGAGUGCUGUUAUGCUUUUCGUCCUGACAGAAAUUGACAUUUUAAAGUAUAUGGACGGUUGCAAUACGAGGAACAGGGACAUCUUUAAAAAAAAUCCGGAACUAGCGCCGCUGAAAAGACCCAUUUUGCCCCCUAGUUUUGGGUAGGAGGACAUGUUCAUGUCAGUAAUUCGACUUUCUCAGCUGCAUGUAAACUUGGACUCACAGAGAAGUCCGAUUCUGCGAAAAGUCAAACUAUGAGCUUAGUCCGAUUAAGUUGUGCAUGUAAACGCACUGAGUGAGAUUUCCUAUGUCACAUAUCCAAGCUCCACCCCCUGUGCCCCUGUCUGCAGGCCAGACUCCAGAAGAUAGAGAGAACGAUUGCGGAACGAGCAUGUGCAAUAGCAGAUUGCAAUGCUCAUAAGAAAGUUAAUUAUGAUUUUAGUUUUCAUCAUGCCCCCAAAGACAUCAGUGUUGGAGAGCUGAAAAGCUCUUAUAUUACCUGCUACUUCUACCAAAACGGCAAUGUUAGGCUACAAGCUACCAUGAAGAGGAGUGUGCAGAGGAGCGCUGUCUUCGCCCACAACACCCACUGAAAACCCUCAGAGCAAUGUUGAACAAAAAAUAGGACAAAGGGGACCCUGAACUGUUGAGCAGCUGACAUCUUUUAUCAGGCAGGGAUGGGACAACAAUAACUUUACCAACUCCAAACUGUGGUGUUUUUGAUGGCGCAGCCACUGGUGUCAGUGUGACAGGUUGGGGAUGUUGACCCCUAUUUCAGACUGGUUUUUGUGGAUUGAGGUCCCUCUGACAGGCUGGUUGUUGGUGAUUGAAGCCCCUCUUACAGGCUGGUUGUUGGCUGUUAUGUUAGGCUCUCUGGUUUUAGUCAAACCUGCUCACCUGGAGGGGGACUGGGGGCCAUAUGGUGCUUGACACUGAUGAAACACCAUCAGUAACUCUGAACAAAUUGUCUGAGCCUCACCUUUAACUCAUAUCUCUAUGACCCUGCACAGCUGCACAUUAACAUCUCACAGUUAAUCCAUCAGUCAGAGAAGAGAAACAGACUGUCAGUAAAUCUGUCUGUGAGGAGUUAGUCAUCUUAAAACCUCAGCGUGACUAUGUGUAGAGGGAACAGAAGAGUUUUCACCCUGUCAAAUUAAAACAAAAGAUACCUGAAGAAAAGACCUUGAAAAUGACACAGGUAACACAAUUUUGUCAAAAAACUUCAUAAUCAUAAUAACACUUUAAAUAGUAAAAAAAAAAAUACAGUCUAAGUUGGACUUUAUUUAGCUGAUUAAAGUCCCCCAGCUUUUUAGAUCAUAUGUUGGAAAUGCUCAGAUAUAACCCGACUAAUUGAUAAAGAACGCCGCUGGAAAUAUUUUUCAGUGUUUUGACUGACAAGCUGCUUCUAUCAGAGUCUCUGGUGAAGUGUGAUACAGUGAGGCAAUGACUCAUGCAGGCUGAUAGAGGAGUCUAAAAAACCCAGCUGAAAGAGGAAAGUUUUGAGAAGUUGAAGCUUUGUAUGUGAGAGAUAAAUUCAGUUCAGAGUGACAGAGCAGCCAGCUCUGAGCUCAGUCUACAGCUCGUUUUCAUUUAGAGACACUUUCUACUGAUUAAGUGUCCUCCCUUUAAGAAUUAGGACAUCACCUAGGAUCAGCUGACUCAGUUUCCUUCUGUGACACAUACACUAGCCACAACUGAUAAUGUAAACCAUUCAUUACAUUCAAGCACGGAUCUACAGAAAUGUUUGUAGAAGACAGUGGACUAUCUGUGAGUUCUUGCAGGUCAAGAGGAAAAAAGAAAGCAGACAAUAUUUUACUAGUCCUCCCUGGGAUACUUCUUGGUUAUGGAGUAACACUUAAACUGAAACCUCAUUCUGUGAGUGUGAGUUUCAAAAGUUCCAAAAGCAAAGUGAGAUUAAUCAUUUUACUGGAAGUGGUGGUCUGUUAAAAUGCUGAGUCCAAUAAUAAGAAAGGUCGAUAUGUAAUGCUAAUAUUGGAUUGUUGUUCUUUCAUAUAUAUUUUACAAAAUACAACAAUGUAAAUAGGGUGACCAUAUUCUGAAUCCCCCCAAAAAAGGACACUUCUAUGCAGGGUGGAGUCAGGCGUAGUAAAUUUUGAGUUUUUCUGGUUUGGUUGAGUGUUUUUUAUGCGCUUCUAAUUCAGUUAGUCCAAGCAAUGCAAACUCAAAACUUCCAUACAAAACCCCAGACAUUUGAAGGAUUUUAUAAACUCCCCGGACAAGGCCGGACAGCCCCCCAAAAAGAGGACAUGUCCAAGUAAAAGAGGACGUAUGGUCAACCUAAUUUAAAAAUACUGUCACAUAAGGAACAAAAGUGCUGAACUCCAGUGCGUUUUGAUAAAUAAAUAGAAAUUGAAAUGAUUUGGCUAAGUGAAAUAUCAGCACAAGGGGCAGUCAGUUCCAUCUAGAAUUUUCAAAGAAAAAAGGUAAAAAUUGUGGUAAAAUGAAAUAAAGGUUAUUGUGUAUAAAACCAUCAUUCCAUGACAUAAAAUGUCAUAUAUUUUGUAAGCAGAAAAACGUUGUAAAAUGUGCAGUAUCAGUGACAAGCAGGUUACAUCAUACGAAAUCAUUCUGUAGAAAAUGGUUCCAACUCAGUUUAUUCUGCCUGUUGACACUGUGGCAAAAAUGCUAGCUAGCCUCACGUUGGGCUGUCGUCUCACCCUGUGGAGGAUCUUGUUCCCAUAUCUACCUGUUUGUCAUCCAUUAUCCUUUAGAUACAACAUGAAUGAAGAUAUAGAGAAAGUAUCUGUUUGUAGUUUUUGCUGUUUACCUGAAGAUAAAGCUCAAACAAGACUCUAGGAAACUCCAAAUCCAGAUCAGUCUCAGGUUUUAAUCUCACUGUCAGAUCUGGACAGAGAAAACAUUUUUGUGAUUAAACUUUACAGAGGAAUAUUUAGGAUUAGAUCUUCUGGUCUACAGGAGCUGAAACUCUCAGGACUGCUGUUUCACCUGCAGAAGGUGAUGUUGUGUGAAGGGUUUUAUAAAGAUCUGGAUCUCUCAAAGCUCUACUUUCAAAAAUGUUAAAACUCCUUCGUUUAAACUAGUCUGAUUAAUGCUGAUUAAUGAACCAGACAAAUAACAUAAAGCCUUCCUGUUUGUGCUCUUCUGUGUCGCCCUCUCUUCUCCUCACCCUCUCAGAGCCUCUCUGUUUGCUGCUGCCGUGUUUGCAUGAACACUUUGCAUGUGCUGUAAAGCCUCCCCAGAGCUCACAUUGAUAUGUUGACAAAUCAUUACCUUACCUUCACAUGAACCUGCUUUUUCUUACCCCGGCAGCCAAAGACAACUCAGAAGAGUUGUUUUGUUUAGACUAUGUAAGCUCUUACAUUAUUAGCUCAUCUACAUGAGCUGUACUGCAAUCAUAAAGCUGACUGACGGGUGUCUAAGUCUACAGCCAGCAGACUGAAGCAAACUAUUACCCAACUUUCAGAGACAUCCAGAGGGCUUUAUGUACAAUCUCUUUGACUGUAAGAGCUGCAUAAACAGUUUUACAGUAACAGUAUCAAUAUCACUGACGGAUCAGCAUGUCAGGGUACCCAGAGAGCUGCCCCCCUCUCAUGCAUGGCCUUCAUGACCACCUGGGACAGGUAGGGUCAGUAAAAUGGCUCUGUAGUAGUAAUAAUAAUAAUGAUAAUAAUAGUAACUCUAUUUAUAUAGCACUCUUAAAAACAAGAGUUUACAUCGUGCUUUAACAUGCAGGAAAACAAAGAGGAUAGAAACAACAGAACAACAACAAGAGAAGACUUGGGGGGGGGGGGGGCCCUUGACAAGACUAAAAACUCAGACUACAUGUCCUAAUGUGACGUUAUUGGCAAUAAAGAAAUGAAAUAAAAUAAAAUAAAAAUUGGUGAAAUACAUAAAAGCUUUGGUGAGUGUCACAUGAGCUGAGAGGUCAUUAAAACAAAGACAUCAUUAGAACCCAUGAUACUCAGCCAACACAGAAACCCAGUCACAAAAACCUGAGACCAAGAGGACUAUUAUAAAACAUGAAUAAGAAGAGAAAAAUGCAAAAAGACAAAAUCACAUAAAUCACAAAAUCACAUAAACGCAAGUCUAUAAAAAUGAGUUUUAAGACGUGAUUUAAAUGCUGUGACUGUUUCUGUACGCCUGAUCUCCUCGUGGAGGUCAUUCCAAACUUGAGGGGCCCUGCUGGAGAAGGCCCUGUCACCUUUAGUUACAAGGCUCAACUUUGGAACGACCAGGAGAUCCCCACCCGAGGAUCUCAGGGUGCGGGCUGGCACAUUGGGGGUUAAAAGUUCUGUUAUAUAGAUUUGAGCCAGACCCUUUACUGCCUUAAAAGUAAUGAGUAAAAUCUUAAAAUCAAUUCUAAAACUAACUGGAAGCCAAUGAUGCUAAAAUAGGGGUUAUGUGAUGUGGUUUGUUAAAACCAGUUAGAAGCCUAGCCGCUGCAUUCUGGACAAGUUGAAGGCAGGUACCAGAAAGAAGUGAGUUACAGUAAUCUAGGCAGGAGAAGAUGGGGGCAUCGAUGACUUUUCCCAUGUCUAACUGGGAGAGGAUGGAUUUUAAUUUGAAGAUACUGUGUAAAUGGAAGAAGCAAGACUGUGUGAUUUUGUUCUGCUGCAAAGGUGGAGUUAGAAUCAAACUGAGCUCACAGAUUUCUGGCUGAUGAUUUGAUAUUUGAUGAAAAUGAACCAAGGCUGUUAUUGAUUGUGGUUGAGCAAUUUUGUAAAUUGAACAUGAUUAUUUCAGAUUUGCAGUUGUGCUAGGCAACAGCUCCAUGGCAUCUGCUACUCUCCUAGGACUAACAGCAGUGGAGGCCAGGGGGAGCAGACAGGAGCCAUGUUCAUUUCACAUGCCAACAUUAGUGGAAGAAAAAGCCAGACCACAGAGCGUGUUGCGUCCUUUACCAACAGGUGGUUACGAUUUCAAUGCUGUUACGCAUGGCAUUUGUUUAUGUUGUGAUCUGUGCACACAGACCACCUUGGUCACAUGGAGUUUAAAUAUAGGCAACUUGAUAUGAGUGUCUUUAUUUGUGAGCAGCAUGUUUGUCUUAUCAGUGGAUCCAACCUCCUCUACAUGUAUUUGAGAGAGUGUGGAGGACGAAAUGUCCUCAGCAGUGUUUAGCGUGACACUUGCUGAGAGGUCACUGAAGGUGACCACCUUCUGGAGUUGCUCUCCUCAGUCAUUUUGUAAACUACCUCACAAGUUUGCAAUAACUUAUUAACUUUGUGACAAAAGGGCGCCUAACUUGUGGUUUUGAUGCAGCUGCAUCUCUCUCUCUCCCCUUAAGUGUAUUUCUCUCUCCUCAUCAGCAUUUUUCUCUCUCUUCAUCCAUCAGCGUUUCCCUGUCUAUAUUAGUGUAUCCCUCUCUCUUCAUCUGCUUAACCACUCCCAGCUGAAGUGUUUCCUUCUCUCUUCUUUUGUGUAUCUCUCUUGCUUCAUCAAUGUUCCCCUUCCUCUUCAUCAGUGUGUCCCAUAUUUCUUUCUGUGUGUCCCUCUCUUUUUUCGAUGGAUUCCCCUCUCUGCACCAGUUUUCCUCUUUGUUUUUUCAGUGUAUCACUCUCUCUUUAGUACUAUGUCCCAUCUCUCAAAUAAUGUGUCCCUCUCUUUUUUUUUUGAUAUACCCCUCCCUCUUUAUUCGUUUAUACCUUGCCCUCUGUGUUCCCUCCACAUACAGCACCACAGUCAGUCUUCUGUCACUCCCCUGCAGACUGGUCUUACAGAACAAAGAAGUCUUUGUGCCUCUGGUCCAACACCUCUCUUGGCUGUUUUUAGCAAACUCUGAAGCUCAGCAGCUGGCACGCCACAAGCCUGGAGCUGAAGUGGAGAGGGUUCAGAGGGUUGAGGGAGCCUGGUUCUGCAGCUGCGGUGUGUUUUUGAGUUUGCAGCACUAAGCACUCCUGGUCUCUAAUGAUUUUUCCAUGUUUAUGUGAAACAAUAUGAGUACGAAGAUAUAUGAGCAAUGCAGUAGUCAGAGCAGGUCACCUCUCAGGUGAGGUUUGUUUUCACUAACAGGGCAGGACGAGUUUAAUAGAGGAUUAGUUACUCAUUAUAUCGGACGAUAGGGCUGGGGGAUAAACCGAAAAUUUACAGAUACCGAAAUUUACGACAAUAACCAACGUCAUUUUGCCCAUGUCAAUAUAUUCGGUGUCAAAAAAAUAGAUAAAUAAAAGUUGGUUUUGGAUGUGUGUAGGUAGGCUCAUGUCUCAUGUCCCUUUGUCUCUGCCACGGGACUUUAUCCUUUCCAAUGUGUGUAUGGAUAUCAUCCACCUCUGUUUCCUGAAGUUGAGGUGGAGGUUGAGGUGCCAUCAGCUCAGGCUUUGGUGCGUAGCUGCCAUGUUAUUUCCAGAAAGGCCCAAGCAGCUCUCCUUUCCUCUUCAAACCGCCAUAAGCAGUCAGCUGACAAGCACCACUCUCUGGGUCCUUGCUACAGGGUGGGUCAGAGGGUUCCCCCAAAACCUUCCUUUACACUUUGAGUCAUACAAGUUAGCAUUGAGGUUUAUUGGCCCAUCUCCUAUCUCCGAGAUUGUGAAACCUAUUGUAGUCCAGCCCAAGUUCAUCCCACCUUUCACGUUUCCAAAAUCAAGCCUGUCAAAACCACUCCAUUGACCCCCCCACCCCCGAUCAUCGUUGGGGGCCUGUUUACACUGUUUAUUGUCUCUCGAUAAAGGACAUCACACUGAUCAGCCAGGGCCAUCCGGAGCCACUUCUUGAGGAUGGGGUACUGAAAUAUUGCAUCAAGUCUGUAAUUAUAAUUUCAUGUGUUUGGUGUUAAAUUCCAGAUUUAUUCUGUCAUGUGUUGUUGUAUUGUUUCUCAUAAUACUUCCUGACAUUGUUCUGUUUCCUACCAUUUUAACCAAACACCCGAGUCUUGCCAGUAAUUAGUCUGAUCUUGUGUGUUUGUGCUCUCCAGCCUUGUUUUUCUUGUGUAAUCUUACUCUGUUUUUCUGAACUUUGGAUUUUUCGGAUUUGGGUUUUUCAGAUUUGCCCUGUUGGAUUUUCUACCUUAGCUGAUUGUUUUGCCAUGUUUCGCACUGAACUGUUAAGUAAAGUUCUUAGUCUUUUGAACAGAUUUCUUCUCUGAAUCUGAGUCCCACUUUGUCCUGAAGUGUCACACUUAGGUUAGUUGAUAAGGUAUCAAACUGUGAAUUAAAUGGUAAGUUGAUCUGUAAGUUGGUUAGUAAGUGGAGAUAUUUAUUGAUUUGUUAGUUGAUUGUUGGUAGAUUGGUUAGCUGGUGAGUUUGUUGGUAAGUGAGUAAGUAAUUUGGUUGAUCAGUACGUUGAUCUGUUGGUUGAUAAACAACGUGAUGAGACAGUUUACAAGUAUCGACCGGAUACGUGUGAUCAGUCAGAAGCUCAGGAACCUCAGGGAUUUGUUUUUAACUGGUCCAAUCUUCAACACCUCACUCUCUGUGAAUUACUGUUGAUGAUUCUAAUUAUUGUCUGCAGCAGCAACCAGACUAGAACCAGGAAAACAAGAAACUGUAGUCAUUGAGUCUUAUAGUUUCAAUGUCACCACAAUCUGAGUCUGCUCUCAGAUAUCACACCCAUCUAACCACUUAAACUAGCUGUUUCCAUCACACAGUGUAUCCACCUGCUCCUGGUUCACACCUGUUCCCUGCAUCAAGUGUCUGAGCCUUCUGAACUGAAACAUCGUUCAGGAGUUUUAUUUAUUCCAUGUACUGGAUCCUGUUUUUUUCCCAUGAUGCCUUUUGUUUCUUUUAGAGCGACCUGACCUCAUCGGUCAUUUCCCAUCACACUCUGCCAGAACAGCUCAUGUGGCCUGAUAAAGUCUCAACACAUACCGAUGAUAACUGCAGGACGGAGUUUUCUUUCUGUCGGAGUGAAGAUAAGACAGAAAUCUCUCCCUCUUAAACAAUUAUCUGCUGCUCAGAAUUAAACUGUGAAAAAAAGAUCUUUAACAGUCCAAAUACAUGAAGUUUAACUCUGUAUUUAAGGACAGGUUUCAUCUUUAAAACCUUAGUCUGCACAGAGCAGCCAGUAUUUCCUCCUCAGACUGACCUCUGUAUAAACAGGAGCAUGUUUCUGUUGUGUUUGUGGAGCAUGGAGGCUGAGAGCUCAGAGACAGGGUUGCCAGGUUGCUGUCAGUUACAUGAAUCUGUUCAUUUUGUCAGCCAGUGUUGAAGAAAAGAGCAAUUAACUGACCCAGAUCUGAUUACCCAAACCAUGUAUUCACUUUUAUAUGCGCUACUAAAAGGAACCAGUGAAAAUACCCCUGCUGACAGUUUUAGAUAAGAUGUUCCUUUAAUAGUCCCACAGAGGGAAAUUCCAAAAAACUCUAAGCCCAUCAGUCCUUAAUGGUGUGCUGAAUGCACACCAUUAAGAACAACUCUAGUUAAUGGAGUUGUCCUUGUGUAAGGUGUAAAAAAUCCUCACACAACAGCAGAGGAGCUAAAACUCUAAAUUUAAGUUGUUGCAGAUGUUAUCUCAGCUGAUUUAUCUAUUUGAUUGUAUGUAGAACGCUGGCGCCAGCAAUUCAUACAGUGGGUUGAAUAAUUGAACAGAUAAAUAAGCAAAUAUUAUCAGGUUCUCAGUAACAUUUAAAUUUGGGGAGGAGAAAAUAAUUGAUAACCACUGUACUACACAAAGAAUCCACUGUUCACAUGCAGCGGUGUGUGUGGCCCCCCCACAAAAAAGGCUGCUGCUCGAUGUCAUGUUGGCAGUAUAAAUAUUUUAUAGGUAGUAAAAAAGGAAGUAAAAGGUAGUAAAUUCAACUCUAGGGUUCCUGUAUAAACCCUGCUUUUGUCCAUGCUCUUUGUGAGAAAUAUCCUCCACACUCUGGAUUUCAAACCUCACGCUCAGUGGCAGUAACCAGCAAGUUAGUUCCCGCCAUGUUUGCUAACAGUCUGUUAUGAGUCCAGGUGGCUUUUUUUUUUGUUGUUCUGGCCAACUUUCGGAUCCUGCGGUUGUGGUUCUGUAAUUUACAUUUGUGAAUUGUAAUUGAUCGUCACAUGUCGUAUCGCAAGAAUCGAUGUAUUGGCCCACUCCAAAUGUCUAUACUUGAGCUUGUAUUUGAUUAUGAUUUUGAAAGAUGUCUCUCACUUUUAGCCUGGCAGUCAUUAAUGCUUGUGCUCUAUUGUGGUCUCCUCAUUCUCUCUCUCAUUAUACUCAUUCUGUUCCUCAACUUUUCAGACACACCUGCCUCCUCUUAACUGUCUCCCAGUGCUCCUCUAUCCAUCUGUGACAGUUUUAUACUGCUGAUGCACAUUGUGUUGAAAUUAUAGCAGUCCACUAUUUACCUUAGCGAGAGCAGCAACUUCCUCAUGCUCCCAAACUUUGUUUCACAUUGAUCAGAGCUGUUAAUGAUGAAGUGAAAGUGAGGGCUGAUUCCCUACAUCAUUUUUCUGUUUUCAGUCAGUCAUGGUUCAUCCCACAGCAGCUUCAUCACUUUGCUUUAACGAAGACAUUGGGUUUGUUUACACACGUAACUUUUACAAAUGCAGAGUGUGCUGUGUUCACAUCGGUCAAUAUCACUGACAUGCGGGAAACAUCAGCGGGUGACAGAAGGUAAAAUCAAACCAUGGCUUUCCUACCAGAGGUGGACCCUUGAUUGCUGUUAUGAAACACUACUGGAAAUCAAACCAUUGAUCUUUGGGAUCCACAUGUGCUGAAACCCUCAAUGAUAUAAACCUGCUUAUAAUUUAAAGUCUCUGCGUGGGUGUGCAGUGUCUGAGGUCAGUUUGAACCAAGAAAUCCAUUUCAAAAUGAAGUUUUCAAGUUAAAAUUUCUUCAUCGCUUACCUUGAUAGCUUAAUGAUGGUUGCUUAAACUCAAAGUGAACAUUACUCAGCUGUCUGUUAUUUGAUUUAGUUAUUCAAAUCAUGAAAAGGAGUAGCUCUGAAACAUUAAAAAUGGCAAAAACAAACUUCUUCAAGUUUCGUCUAAAAUAAAAUGCUUCAUUACUAUCAAGAGAUAACAGCCAAGACCUCUAGUCAACUCAAACCCCUGACUGAAACACCAUCUAAUCCAGGUUAAAAGAACAGUUUAAAACCAUGUGAUGUAAAAGUCAAAAGGCUAUAGAAAUCACUCUAUUAAACCCUGUCUAUUUACCAUUUGUUUAAAGUUUUUGUUAGUUAAAACUCACGUUUUUGCUUUUGAAACUCAAGUUUGUACUCUGGUUUUUGUUUAUUUAACCCUGUUUUUUCAUUUAGGUCUUGUUUGUGAUAAUUUAUGUGGGUUUGCAGUGUCUUUUUGGGUCUGUCGAAUGGUGACUGGUUCUGCUGGUACAGUUUUGGCUGUCUUGGGCUCAGAUGAGGAUAUUUGGAGGCGGUCCAGUUCGAGCUUUCUCUCUGAGGCUGCUAUAAAAACAUGACCUAUUUUCUCUGAGGAGGACAAAAACCCUGCUGUCUCUCUCUCUGUGUCAGUAUUGUGUUUCUCUUUCUCUCUGGUACUAACCCACAGAUUCAGGCUCAGCGAUUCUCCUGCUGUAACAGUGUUGUGUCUUUAGCAGCUGUUGUUGUUGUUGAAUUGUGUUGGUUUCUCUCAGCAGCGGUAAACAGAUUGGUGCAGUGAUGUUUUUCUCGUUUUGAGUUCUGUCUCGAUGUAUAAAGCGAGUCAGGAUGAGUAUUUGUGCUCAUAGGAAGGCUUCCUGGAGGCAUGCAGCUCUCUGCGCUCAGGCUGCUGUUGGUUGAUAAUUCUUUGGUGUGUGGUGUGAUUCCUCGGAUUGAUUGUUUGAUGAUAUUAAAACUGCUGCGUUUCAAAUAAAUAAGCUUGUUUAUUUAGAUAGGAUAAGUACAUGUUACUCAUUUAGCUGACAUCAGAUAGCUUUAUAAAGCAUCUGUUCUGUAAGACUCACACAGUGUGAACAUGAACAUAAACAUCAGUCUGUUUCAAUAAGAUCUCAGAGUUUGGCAGCCCACCCUGGGAUUUUCUUCCUGAUUUACUACUGGAUCAUCACUUCCCUUUCCACCCACAGAAACUGUACAGCCUAGAACUGGUACUGCCCACUCUAUAGAGGGUCCUGCUUUGCUCCUCUCGUAGUUUGUUUCUAUUUCCGAGCCGAGCACUCAGCGACAAGGUGACCAGGUGUCUUACAGUCUAAACAAGUCUUCUGCAACAUUACAUUACCAUUGUCUGUCUUUUUAACAGAGUCAGAGAAAGUCACAGGUUGCUUAACAUAACAGCAAUUGCUAGUCCCGUUAGCAGACCCCAGUGUGGCAACACCAUUUUUAAUGUAUUUUAGUCUGACUGAAACUGCACUGAGUCAAAUUUCUCAUAUUCACACUAACAUACUGAGAUAGAAAAGUAAUUAAUUGAUUUCCUCCUGCAUGUAUUCACCUCAGUUGUUCUCAAUUCUGAGCAUACUCCCCAGUUUAUACACUACAUGCUUUUACCUGGAAAUCAAAGGUACAUAGCCUUACACUAUUCCAUGCUAUCACUAUUCCACAUGGUCUUUAUGUGAACCACCUGACUUGUUAGCUAAAAGUUAGCUGACUUGACUCCUCUAAUAGUGAGGGGAUCCUCAGGAAAAGCCAGAAGAGAGUACAUCCUGUGGAAGCUUAGUUCCUUCAGAGUAGAGGUCCUUACACACCGGGACCGUUUUUGUCGUGUGAUUAUUUCGGACGUCAAUAUUUUUUUCGAACCCGUAUCCUGUCAAUACAAGCGUUCACAUCAACUAUGUUUUCCCGUUCUGCGAUAUUUCGGCAUUUGUUUUUUCAGAUCAUGGUCGAUCUUUCUAAAGUGUCGCAUACUGUGUGUCCACUUCUGACCUAUCAGACUGCGUGUUGUUGCGACCAUAGACAUAAUAAAAGGGUAGACCCCGCUGGGGGUGCUGCGCAGCGAGAAAUGCGGCCGCCAUCUUGGUCAGGUCAAGCUUCCCAUACGCUCCGGUCAAUCAUAUUCAUUCAUUCAUUCAUUCAGCGAUGCCGGAGCACUGUGCGGCGUAUUCCUGUGCCAACAGGCGGACAGCAGAGAACAGGGCUCAAGAAAUAACUUUUCACAGUUAUGAUUAAACGUUUUUUCAACAUUACGCUUGACUGUAGAGUCAUUUGUAGGCCAAAGAGGAAGACUAUCGGUCAACUCCAAAAAGGAAACAGCAUUUGCGAACAGCUAGCUUAUUCACAAUAAUAGCAACUUUGCUCUAUUAUCAACAGAUUUGCAUUAGAUUGAAAAACUUUUGUUUGAGAGAGGUUCUAAGAAACGUUAAGAAAUAAAAUAGAAAGAAGAAGGAAGAAAGUGAGCUCUGUUUUAUUAUCUGUUCUAUUAAAGAUUUCUUUGUGGUGAUCUCCUGUUUCAUUUUGAAGAUUUCCUAAGGACAAAAACUUGAGGAAGAAGUGGGAGAUUGCUGUUAGAGGGAGAAGUUCGCAGCAAGUGAUUCCUCUGUGCUGUGUAGCCAACAAGCAAAUUGAUAUGUAGUUUAGAUGCUGUCCUGUCAUGCUGUUCUUGUGUUUAAAUUUUUUUGAUAUGUAGGCUAUAUAUUUGUGUGUAUUUCUUUGUGUGUAUUUUCCAGUUAUUAAAAUAGUGCUUCUAUAUGACAUUAUUUGUGUGUGUCUACAAAUGGAUAAAUAAAAUUAAACUAAAUAAAAUAUAAUCAAAUCAAUAUAUAAUGAAUUGGCCUAUUAAAACCGCCAGUUAUUAAUAAUUAUUGAGACAUAGCAGGAACCUAGCUCUAAACCUAGAUAUAUACUUGAUUAAUUGUUAUACUAUAAUACAGCCACUGCUGUCAUGUUCUAAAAUAUCAUUUUAUUCAUUCUGAGUAUUUGAAAACGCCAAAAAAAUAUGGCCUCUAUCAUGCCUCUUUGAAUGGCGUUUGCAGAGAAGAAAAUUACGUAGUAUUGAGCGAACUAUGAUUCCUUUAAUGCGCUCAGACUUCAUUCCGCCGGUUAAACAGCGGUGCAGCGUGAGGCGGAUGACCGGACCAAGAUGGCGGCCGCAUUUCUCGACAGCGCCCAUUCAUGGUAGCGGCCGAUGCGGGGUCUAUCUUUUAUUAUGUCUAUGGUUGCGACGUCUGAUUCACCGGUAUAUCCAACAUGGCCGACCGUCUUUUUUUUUUUUCUGAUCGUUUACACACACAUUGCAAAGAUGACGAUCUGAAGGACAACUUGUGGAGAGUCAUAGCUUCGGAUAUCUGAUAUUAAAAUGUUUUGUGUGCUUUAACAGUUUGCUAAACGUCUUUGUUUUAACUUUCAUCUGUGCUAACGUAAGCUAACGGUUUACGUUGGCCCCGACUCAGUACAUGCUAUCAUGACAAAGAGCCAUCUCAACACUAGUGUCUGGUGUCUAGUCAUCUGCCUCUUCAAACUUGGAGCUAAUUGUUUCAGCAAAACUUCAAAUUGUCCAACGGACAUCCAAUAAUAGGUUCUGAAGCGACCAUGGUACAGUUUCAGCUCCUGAACCAAGAAGUGAAACUCACGUAGUUCUCUUCUUUUUUGUAAUAUUGGAUGCACUCAUGUGCUACGUUUCUUUUUCUUUUUAGAAAGCAAAAGGAGUACCAAUUCGCCAUCACUUGAAGUUGAAGUAGACUCCAUUUUUGUCCUUUCGCUUCCAGCCAGGACACUGUAGGACGUUAAGGCAAGGUCCCGCCCUCCUUCGCCUCUGAUUGGCUGUAAGUGCUGACCGUUUGGCUUGAGCGUGUGAUGACGUUACCAGCUUUUUUAGCCAAUCAGAGGCUAAAAAUGUUCCCAGAAUGUCGCAAAGUCGCAUCGGGCUUGAUGUGUGUCAGCCCCGGUGUGUAAGGACCUUAAGCCAGAACAUUCUCAGGGUAUUCUAUUACUCAGUCACUAUCACUUUUACUCCUUAUCUGAGCUCAGUGUACACCUACUUUCUCAGAUUAUGACAACAUACGUUUGCGUUGUGAUUUGAAACUUUGCAUACUUAUAGUAUGGACACCAAACUUUGUAACUUAGUAUUUGUUGUCAUAAAUGUGGAGAAGCAUGGUACCACCCCUUUAACUAAUUUCAUUUAGUUUGUCAACUUAUGAUCUACCAAGAGUAGCUUACACUUCAAAAUAAAAGCAUUGUUUGACAAUGCAGAAUAUAAAGAAACCGACUGAUUAAUUUGAUCGAUUAACCUUGUCAGUUUUCCAGAAAUAUCACAAUAACAUUGUUACUAUAAAAUAUAUGGUUACGAAAAUUGUGAGGUUAAAAUCUGAUAUCAUAACGGGCUCAUCUGUUCACAGAAGAAAAGACUUGUGGAUAUUUGGCCUCUGGUUUUGCAGCGAGAAUAAAAAAUAAAAUGGAAAAAAAUAUGUAUAAUUUUAAUGGUAGCUCAACUCACAGUCCCUUAAGUUGGUCAGAGACUUCUGGAGAAACUCAUUAAUCGAUGGUUCAUUUACCGAUCAGUCCUCAGGCUGUUGUUUGCAGCUCUGUGUCAGUGUUAGUUUGGUCCUGCAGGCAUCCCUGCAGUGUUUACACCUCCGUUAACACUUUCGUGUUCAAAGAUCAACAGGAUUGUUUGAAUCCUCCAGGACUAACAAACAUGCAGAGUUUUCCUUCCAAAUUAAACAUUUGCUGAGACUAUAUUUCAUAAUGCUUUGCAGGUAUUUAUUGUUUGCCUGUUUGCUUUCUUUACCAGCACGUUUAUCUGCCGACUGACUUACCCUGCUCUGCUCCUGCAGGCUCUGUACUUCAUCUCUAAAACCAGGUCUUUGUAAACUCAUUAUAUCAAAAAAUCUGUUGUCACACUGCAGCCAAAGCUACAGAAAAACAUCACUGACUUUAAAUCAGCUUCAGUUUGGAUCAUCAGCCUGCAAUUCUCCGAAUAAGAUUUUAACAUGAUACUUAAACGCUUUAAUGGCCCCCAGAGGUAAAACACUAUAACAGUCGAAUUGCUUCUAACUCUAGGAAAAAGAAUAAAACCAAGAAAAUCCAGGAUAAAUACAACAAUGACAGAUAAAUUAAAUAAGAUCAAAAACAGAUCAAAAACAAAUGAACGUUUCUAAACAUUUGCAUUCACAUUCACGAUUUAAUGCUCAUUUAUCACAUUUAACCCUCAGCGAUGAUGAGAAGUCAAAAACUUAGCAGACAAGAGUUUGAAAAAAGGAAACCGACUCAAAAAUGUUUUAUUAAGUGUUUGAAUGUAAGAUCACAAAUAGAUAAGUAAAUUGCUGGGCCUAUAUACUACCUAGACCUUUAUUGUGCCUGUAAUGCAUUAACUUAUGUAAAUAGCAAAAUGUUCUUGUUGAGGCAAAUUUGCACAGAUGAUCAUUUUGUCAGAACAGGUUAUAAGGCAGAGCUCUGAUAUUACUUUGGAGGAACAAGUGUGCACAAAAUAGAAAUAAGAUCUUGUCUUUUGUUUCCGAAUAGUAUUAUUACUUUUAUAUUAUAUUAUAUAUUAAAUAAUAGUCUAAGAACCUUUCAGGACAAGGUUCUUGUAGAGCAAGUUACUACUUUUUGCACAGGAGUAAUUUAUCUUGUGGGAACAAGUGAUCAUCUUGUUUGCAUAGUUCUAAAUUCUUGUGAAUGGGUUAUUAUCUUGUGCAUGUUAAUGUUAAUUUGCAUUAAGAGAUUUCACUUUCAUUUAGUAUCAGCAUAUUAUUGAUUUACUAAUACUUUUUGUAUUAGUUAUAUGAUUUGUUUUAGUUAUUUGUUUAAGCUUUCUAAACAAUAAAACCCUUUUUCCGCAUCAAAAAAUAAAAGUCCCUCUGGCAAGCUUGUUAUCAGAGGUGGCAUGUAAAAGCCGGCGGAAACAUUCGUGAGGAGCUGAAAUAUACAAUGACGGCCUUGCUAAGGCAAAUAAAGAAUUAAAAGAUUCGUUAGAAGGUUAUCUACUUAUCUCUGAUUUAACAGAUUUUUUUCUAUCUUUAGAGGUUUUAAAGUGGUUUUUAUUUCUCAUUGCCUUUUUGUGUUGAAUGUUUUACUUUGCUCAUGUGAAAUAUUCAGAUUCCUUUCAGCUGUGAAGGAGAAAUUAAGCCAGCUCUUGGCUUUAAUCACAUGAUUCGUUAUGAGUGUGUUAGCGUGAAGAAACUGAAUUAGAGCUGUUGUGACAGCCCUAUGUGAAAAGCAAACUUAAAUAACCCUGGAUAGAUUUCUGAUCAGAAUUCAUCACCUCUGCUUCUGCACUCUGCUCACCCUGAUGGUCUUUAGUGAAGCCAUAGUGAGCCUCAGAGGGUUGAGUUUGGUCCUGUACAAAGUGCCGCACAGUGUUGAGUGUGACAUUACAUAUAAAACCUCCGUGAGUGGGUCUGAUCAUGCACCCUGCUCAGUAUGACUUGGUCCCUUGUGGUCCCGCAUGGUGUUGCAGAGUGUUUGUAUUGAUUGAAGCCUCAUUGAGUUGAUCUGCUCCUGGGCCCUGCUCACUGUCAUGGUGUUUACUGAAGCCUCAAUGGGUCUUGUUGGGUUAGUCUGGUCAUGCACACAGCCCUGGUGGUUGCAGGCAGUGCCUCAGAGCUCAGGGGGUACCGUCCUAAGCCCCAGGCUCUCUCCCACAAUGCCUCAUUGUAUCCUGUGGAUUAAAGUUGUGAUUAAUCUCAAACCCCAUUUCCACACCCACAGGCCAAAUCAAACAGCCUGCACACAAUUCCUGUUUUAUUCCCUUCAUCUGCAGCUGGCCUCAGCUGCCUGAUUGGAAAAUGAAGACCCAAAAAUAGCCUCUGUGGAUUCACAAUUAAAUAUCGUAUCUGUGGCAAAGUGGAUAACAGACCCUGGGCGCUGGUAUUUAGGUCUGUUUCCAUGAACCAUUACAAAGAUUUGCAUCACUGUGAAAAUCAGAGUGACUUUAAAUCUUAAAGAGUCAGAGUUUAUUUUUAUACAUGUUUAUUGAUUUUGCAUUUUAAUGAACAUACAUUUAUAUUAAAUAGAUAAAGUAGCAUGUUAAACAAACAAAUAAGUAUGUUUAUUCAGAUAGGAUAAGUACAUGUUACUCAUUUAGCUGACAUCAGAUAGCUAUUUAAACCGUUUCUUCUGUGAGACCCACACGGUGUGAACAUGAACAUAAACAUCAGUCUGUUUCAGUUAUAUCUCAGAGUUUGCUGGGUCCCCUCUGCAGCAGGUGGGUGAGGGAAGUUAUCUUGGCAUCAAAAUUUGCCAACAUCGCUUGGUGACUCUCUGAUAGUUCUCUUAAAUAAGAAUGAAUCACCACCAAUUGCUCCUCCUGAUGAGCCAGUCUCUGUCCUGGGAGACACAAGGCUUGAUGAACCAGUUUGGCGUCCAUCUUGGCCAUUUUGUCAAGAACAGACUUGUGGCAGAAAGACCCAAAUCCAGACACUCGGUUCCAAAAGUAAAAACUCAGGUUUUGUCAGUCUGAAGUUUGGUUCACAGUAAGGCAAAAAACAGGCAAACAUAUCCAAAAGUGUGAGACAAAAGGCGGAGUCAAAAACUAAAAAGGUCAGGAUCAUGAACUGUCGUAACAAGAAGAAUGCUGGAAUGUGACCAGACCAUAGACUGUAUAUAGAAUUGACACCGUCUGCCUCCCCGCUGGGUGAAGCCCCCCUCUGGUGAUGGGCUGCUGUCUUCUAUGAUUGACACUUGAUACAGCCUAUGGUCGUACUCACCCGUGCUCACCCAGUGGUUACCCUGUUUGAGCCGCAUCACAGCGACUUUUUGCCGAAUGCGUACAAUGCUACUGCGCAAGUGGUGGUUCUAGGAAAUGGAGAAAAUCCCGGAAAUACCGAGAGCAAUAGUUCGAAGUUCGAAUAAUGGCAAAAGGCGGAACCAAGUUGUCCAUCGUACAGUCUACGGACCAGAAGUACAACGCACUAGCAACAAGACAGGGAGAGAUAAAUACAAGAGGUAACAGGGUGAUUAGACACAGGUGCAGGGAGAACAAGACGAGACAGAGGAAGGGCAGACAGGAACAACCUAAAACAGAGACAGGUUUGUGAUUUGAAAAUAAAGCAAACAGGAAACACAAGACAUGAAAUAGUAUGAAGAUCAAAAGAUAACUUCAUUUAAGACACUUAAGAGAGGACGUGCAUUUGGUUGUUUUUCAGUUAGUGUUUCGGAUGGAAAAUUGCUGUUUCUUCUAAAAAAAAACAUUUCACAACUCAAAAUAUAAGCUCCAAUAUUUAGACAAAUAAAUGCAUUAGGAAUGGAUGGGAAACAGGCAGUGAAGGACAAGUCCUCCAUGUUACAGUAGUUGGUGAGGAGGUCAGACGAGAGGUAGCUUCUGAAAAAAACAAAAUAAUAAUCUUGCAAUUAAUUGCGAAUAACAAUAGUUUUCAUUGUUAUGAUGGUGAGGUGGGAGCUUCUCCCCCGCAAUCUGGUUUUGUAAGUUUAAACUCCUAGUUUAAUCCUUAAUAAUUAGACCCUGAAUUUAUCCCAUCAGCACAUUUUCAGAAUCUCACUGCACAAUUGUUAGGAUUUAUUUAUUCAAGUCCAAGCACAGCAGUUUAAGAAUUAUAUAAUUCAAAGAAAGAGGCUUUUAUUGUUUUUUAGAAAGGUAGUUCAUAACAGCGGAGAUAACAGAAGGGUAUCAGCAACCUCCUCAAGAUCACAUGAGGUUAGCUAUGUUUAGACUGCUUUAAGGUUAUCCAGCUGAGCUAGCUAACAAUUACACAUACAAAUCAACAGACAGAACACACAAUGGACUCUGCACAGUUCGACUACUUCCUGAACCGAAAUGAUUAAUCCAGAUGUGACUGAUCAUUGUGACUAGUCAGACAAACCUGCAUUAAUUCAUUUGUCCAGUAAUGUAAGACAGCUAAUAAAGGAGCAGCCUCAGGUUCAGAAAGUAGUGGAUCGGUGCAUCGAGCCCAUUGACUUACGAAAAAAUGCAAAUAUCCUCGUAGUCCUGCGGGUCAUUUUACUGCAGAGAAACUCACUUUGUCAGUUUAAUAAUAGACAAAAAUCGAGGCGAAAAUGCUGUAUCUUCUUUCAUGUUUCAACUCAGUGAUAACUCGUAAAAAUGAACACUUUGGGGACACAAAUCAGCCAAAUAUUGACAACAUAUCACUACAGCAUCCAGGUCUGAGAAACAUUUGUAUGGGAUAAAUUAAAUUUUUAAAGUUUGCCUGCAGCUCUGUCUGUUUUGCUGUAUGAAGCGGGAUUUAUGAGCUAAACAGCAACCAAUCAUGAGGGGAUACUUUUUUCACAGUAUCACUAAGCUAGGAGGCAUAUCAUGUCUGUUCUAUAUAAUGUCUACGGUCAGGGUCUGUCCUCUCUGCAGCUUCUCCUUUGGGAUUAGAUAAAGUUUUCUUCUGUUUCUGCAGACUCUUCUGUCUCUGAUUUGUUUGACCAUGUCAUCUGCCGCUGUUGGUCUACUGUGUUUUAUGAAGUCCACAGUCAAUGUAGCCUAAAGUCUACCAGGAGAUUUUAGAAACCUUCAAGGUCUAUCUGCUGGCCAGCUUGAUGGAGAUGCUGAUUUCCUCCUCCAGCUGGGGUUAGCACCUGCCUGCCGAACAAAAACUCCAACCAAAAGGUUUGCUGACCCUGAUGGUACUGUUCUUGAUGUCCAGCCAGCUGAGCUGAACCCCUUGGAAAGAGAGGAGAUGUUUAUUGUCUCUUUAUGACCCCUCAUUUGAGUGGGUGGUGGGGUGAACUUUGUCUCAAUCAGGCUGCACACCUGUUGGUCUGUGAGGUCCAUUAGGGGUGAUGUGGUGGUGUAGAUAGUCCAUGUGGUGUCCCCUCCUGGAGGUCACAUGUACAGAGUCUGUUUCUGCUGAAUGUGGUGGGGCUGUGUGGGUGGUCUUGUGGCAUAAAGCAUCACUACUGAAAGAUGGUGGGUGCCGAUAUGGAGGGGUGUGAAACUGAGAUGCGAGCACUAACUGUUCAGCCUCUUGGAGGUGUCUUGAGCCUAACUCAAUGUAACAGCAGAGAAGGGAAGUUUCAACCUGAUAUAUCUUAUUGAUGCUCUGUCUCUCUCUGAUAACCUGUCCCAGGCUGUGAGGGACACGCUGAACCAUGUAGUCAGCUAUGUAACUCAGGAAGAUAAAUAAAAAAACACAGAAUAAUGAUAUGAGGGUGUGAUGGAGGAGUCACUGACUGCUUAUCGUUUUUAUAAAGCACAUUGUGUUCCAGUUUCUCCUUUCAAAUCAGAAAUACUGACAACGACUCAGAUAAAAAUGCAACCUGAGCAUCUGAAACAUGUGGGCACGUGCCAGCAGACAGGGAGUUAAUCAGUGAAUAUGAGUUUAAAGCCCAGUGAAAACGUACUAACCAUAGACUGUAUAAAGAAUGGACGCCUUCUGCCUCCUUGCUGGGCGAAGCCACUCCGAGAACAGCACCCUCCGUUGAUGGGCUGCAGUAUAGGUCAUAAUUCCCACCUCCGCCAGCAAAGCUUUUGGAGCUGUGGACAAACUUUAGAAAUUUAUUACGCAGAACAUACAUUCUUCUCCCCCUUGUUUGUGAUGUUGACAUGUAGUUUCUGUAAGACUGGUUUGUGCUCAUUCCUCUUUUUUCUGUGAAGCUCUGUUUUUAAAAGUUAUUAGAGGGUUCAUGUUUUCUAUGAUUGACGCCUGAUACAGCCUAUGGGCGUUCAGGGAUUGCGUAGCUCUCCCGGAGGAUACGCUGUUUGAGCCCAUCACAGCGACUCUCAACGACUGCGCGCCCAAAUGCACACAUCACUACUGCGCAGCGCUGGUUUCAGGAAAUGUAGAAAAAUCCCAGAAAUACCGAGAGCUUUUUGGCUUCAAAUUCGUAUACAGGUGGUAGGCGGAACCAAGUUGUCCAUAGUAUAUACAGUCUAUGGUACUAACUUGCAGACUGUAAAUUAAAGAUUAAAACUUAUGAACUGUCUAUAAAAUAAAAUAAAAAAGUAUAUUAUCAGCUUUGUAGUGUUGGCCACAGUGAUGUAAGAGGCCUCUGCAGAGGGGCGUCCUGACCACAGGCUGAUGAGGCUGAAUGAGGGCCACCCUCUCUUAGUUAAGUAUUAUAGCUCUGUAUUAGCAUUGUCUGAUGGCCCUGCAGUCUGAUCCAAAUGGGACUUUAGAUGAUCGCCUUAGGAUAGUCUGGGUCACUUAUAAAACCUCACCUGGCAGUUCAGAAAAAACAAUGGUUCAUAGAGCUAUUUUUCAGUUACUGUAAGAUGCUUAUGAUCAUGAAUGAGGUGAGUGCAACUGGUCAGGUCCAGUGUAUAAGAGCAGCCAUAGAGCUGGAGUGCUGUCGAUAGAAUCUCUGAAAUGAGGUUAUCUGUGAGCUGCUGACCUGGUUUGCAGACCCAGGGGUAUUAACGCAGAUAUACCUACACUUGAAGAGUUGUGAAAUAUUAAUACUGCAGUUUCACAUCACACACUAUACAUAUAGGUCAUCUGAUCAGAGUAAGGUCCAUAUUUUUUGUUCAAUCACUGUUAUGAUAUUCAAAUUUUACUGAAAAAAAUAGAGUAAAAUCAACAAGAACAUAGUAAGAUGGAAAACUACUGUCCUGGUUUAACAUGUAAAUGUGAAUAAAAUAGAAUGAAACAGAAUGAAAAAAAAUCUAAUGUAAUGUUAAAUGUUAUGUCGUAAAAUGCUAUAGAAUCGAAUAGUGGGGCUGUAAUCAACCAAAGAAAUUCUUGGUUGACUAAAAACCUGAAAUUUUCAACCAAAAAUCGACUAAUCGGACAAACCGUUACCUGUAAAACGGGGAUGCUCUGAAAACAUCCCCUAUUAGCACUUGGUAUGUUCUUCCUGAUGAAAUUAACCAUAGACUAAAUUGACGCGGAAAAAAAUUGAGUCAGCACAUAUCGACCAGUUAGUCGACCAGUCGACUAAAACUUAACAGCCCUAUAGAAUUGAAUAGAACAGAAUAGAAUAGAGCGCUUCUAGUGUACAUUGUGAGGAGCUGUAUCUUGUUUGGCAUCUAUCAGACAUUAUUUUAGAAUUUAUAGUCUUUGGUGUUUGCUGUGAUCAGAGUCCAUUAGUCAGGAAAAAAACAUGGUAAAACACUAUUUAACAUGACUUUAUCUGCUUUUUGGACCACCACAGAAAAGGUUUUUACAAUUUCAGUCCUUUUUGAUCUUUAUUAAACAUGUUUUAUUUUAUUUUUUAUCCUUCGAGAACUGAUAGUGUGUCUCUGACAGGCAGGAUUAUUUUGACAUCCAGACCACAUGAGCACAGACAUCAGGAUAACCACUAUCUUUUCCAGUGAAACCACACCUGGCAUCAUUUACAAGUGUUUUCAGCUCUCGUCUUGUUUGGACUGUCCUCAUUGUUCCUCUGUGUCUGUUUUGUCUUCCAGCUGUUACGAGAGCUGAAACACCCCAAUGUCAUCGCCCUUCAGAAAGUGUUUCUGUCUCACAGCGACAGGAAGGUCUGGCUGCUCUUCGACUACGCUGAGCACGACCUCUGGGUGAGUUUGUGGGAAUGCUACUGGAGUCCCAAUACUGUAGCUAUUUAUGGCAUAUUUACAGAUUCACCGUUUCCUCCAGCCUGAUUCUAACAAACUCCACAGCCUUCCCACGAGCAAAGUACUGAUGGUUUAAUUAGUUACUUCACAGCAAACAAAAUAGACUAAUCAUAAUAAAGUGGGAUUUAUACCUGUAUAUCCAUCUUAUUCAUACAGUAAUUUGGUGCUCACAAAAAAGACUUUAAACUUAGUUUGGUUAAAUACACUCACUCCAUUGGGAAUAUAUGAGAUCUGGGUAACAGCAGAUCAGUCUGCUGAGAACUGGAGCUUAGCCCAUUUGAGUCCAGAUAUGGACCAACCAUUGAGUUUAGUGUAAGUUCAGGCCACCAAGUCAGGCUUCGCCUUUUACAAAGAAUGCCACUAAGAAUUAAGGUAGUUCAGAAAACAAAGGGAGGUUUAACCCGGUUAUAGCAGGGUGUACCUAAUAAAGUGGCCACUGGGUGUAUAUCUUUGCUGUAACCACAGUACAGGUUUUAUGUUCUCUGCAUGUAAACAGUUUCAUACUCUGAAAUUUUUUCUCUGCACAAGGUUUAGGGGCAGAAAAUCAGCCAGUGUCUGAUUUUCUGUAAUCAAACUUGUAUGUUUGGUUGCCAAACAUGCUAUAAAUUACUACUCAUAUGUACUUGUGUUUUCUUUCAGUAUGUUAAUCCUGACCAUUGUAAUGACUAUUAUUGUGUGUACUAAGCACUAUGAAUUACUUGAAAUUGCUAUAUAAUGAAAUUAUGUGGUUAAACUUGACUUGCCUUGUGGGUCUUCUUGAUGAGCCAUAAAAGAACACAGUUGGUCUGGUUUCCUGGUAGUAGCUGUUUUUCCUCCAGAAUACUGUCAGAGCUGACAGGCUGCAGUGGGCUGAAACCUCUCUCUCUGCUUUGCAGCACAUCAUCAAGUUCCACCGAGCCUCCAAAGCCAACAAGAAGCCCAUGCAGCUGCCCCGAGGGAUGGUCAAGUCCCUUUUGUAUCAGAUCCUGGAUGGGAUCCAUUACCUCCAUGCCAACUGGGUCCUCCACAGGGAUCUUGUGAGUGGUUUUAUCAGCUACUUUGCUCCAGUCCCCCUGUUAAGACACACACAAAUACAGAUAUGCACACAGGGAUACACACACACACACACACUCACACACUCUAUCUUGGAGCAGUUUCUAAAAGCAGCAGUGUUAACAUCACAGACUCUCAGGAGGUUUAGGGCAAUUUAGUAGGUUUAGGGUAAUUUAUCAAAUUUAUCAAACUAAAGUCAGAGUUUAACAAGAAUAAAGUCAUUUGUGAAGAAGUCACAAAUGAAAAGGACUGAUUUGUAAUUUUAAUUUGAAUGAAAAGGUACAGUAUGUAAAAAAAAGGCACUUCAACACAGGUCAUAAAUUUACAUAUUUUUAAUAGAUUUUUAAAUUAAGAUAGUUAAAGUGGCAGAUUUACCACUAUGAAUUAUUAGUUUAAAAAGUCUCAAAUCUAUGACAAUAAAGCUAUACAUUUUUUGUUUUCUUUUGAUAAAUCAAUGAGAAUAUGGCUUUAAAUUGAUGACAUUAAAGAUGAAGAUUUUUUAGAAAUAAAGUGCUCAGAGGAAAAGUCAUCUAUAAAAUUGUAAAUGAUGAUCUAUUGUGUAAAAAAGUUGAUAUCUUUUGUUAUUGGAGAGUGGUAGACAGCAGGUCUGAUUCUAAUUGUGUAAUUCAAAAGAAUAUAGAUUUCACAUAUAAAUUAUCUGCCAUGUAAAUACUUCUUUUAUCAAAUAACUAUGUUAAUGAAGUAUUUAUCAUACACAGUUUGAACCCAAUUGACAAAUAUAUCCAUUUUGAGUGUGGUCAUUUUAGUCCCUGUAAUUUCUGAGCUUAAUGUCUCUGUCGUUUAUUGGGACACAAAUACUUUUAACAUUUAUAAAACUUCAGCAACUCAGCUUUUCUCAUCCUGAUCUUCCUCUGACUGGAGAUGAAAAUUAGGGUUUACGUCAAUUUCAAGUGACUGUCCCUGUCUUUAUGCAGCCGGCAUGUUGUUGUGUUUACUGAAUUCUCAUCUCUCUGGAUGCUUUUGUAGAACACAUUAACCUCUGGGUAUUUUCCGACCUUAUAAAUAUAAAUAUUACAUAACUGACUGAUCAUUCCUCUGAGACUCUCUUCAGCCCAGUUUUCCCACAGAGCAUCAGUCACAAAGAGAUUUUACUCUCCUCAGCUCAAACUGAAUCAUAAACUUCCCUCAGAGAAGCUGUGGUCUUGUUAGCUUAGCAGUCUGUCCGUAUGCCCCCAACAUUACCAUGCGUCUAUACAGACAGGAAUGUGAUUAUGUGAAUAAAGCAGCCUAGCUCCUUAUAGGCAUGUUUACAUUUUACAGUCAGAUACAGACUGCCUGCAAAGCUCCUGUCUCUCUGUAAUGAAAAUAUUUACCACCAUAUCAUAGCCCUGUAUAACUCUGAAAGUUAUUACCAAGAAAAACAAUGUAAGUGAUGACUUGACUAAGGUGGUACAGUCAAAAAACAAGCAGACCCUUAAUACCAAAGACCCUAAAAAUACCCAUUAAGUACCUGCAUUAACUGCUGCAAUCUAUUUUACCUGCACACAUUGUAGUGAUGAUGUUCAAACUAUAUUUAUCUCAGCCUGAGCAGAAAUGUCACUUGAGUGUUAAAUGGAUAUCAGCAUAACGGAUGAAGACAGAGGUUUGCAUUUACCUGCACAGAGGGAUCAUCACCUGAAACAUGCUGUUAAAGACCCACUCUGAUGAAAAUCAUGUUUUCCUUGUUAUCUACAUUUAUAUAUGGCAUUUGCAUUCUGAUGCUACAGAACACAUCAUGAGAAAAAUAAGUGUGAAACCUGUGAACCUCUGGCUGACCUAAAUGGCAGGAUUAGAUACAGUGAGAUUUCCUACAUAGCAAAUCCAAGCUCCGACCCCAGAGCCCUGCUAUUCAGGCCAGACUCCAAGAAAUACAGAGGAUGAUCACGGAACAAGCGUGUGCAUUAGCAGAUUGUAAUGCUCAUAAGAAAGCUGAUUAUGAUAUUAACUUUCAUCAUGUCCCCGAAGACAUUAGUGUCCAACAGUUGAAUAGCUCCCAUGUUACCUGCCACUUCUACUACACCUGCAAUGUCAGGCUGCAAGCUAGCAUGAAGAGGAGUGUGCAGAGCAGCACUGUCUCCGCCCACAACUCAGAUUUCUAUUGAUUUACUGGAGCUCUGCCGAAGAAAAGCCCUUGAAAAUGACACAGGUAACACGAUUUUGGCUAAAAUUUCAUUAUCACAGUUUAAUGACCACUGAGAACACUUUAAGUAGUAAAAAAAAAACAAUCCAAGUGGGACUUUAAAUAGUUAUACACCUUUACACACUCUGGUCUUUGUAAACCAUUUUAUUGACUCAGCUCUCAGAAACAAUCAGCUCUUUCUCUGUAAUGAGAGCGAUUAGGAAACAGAUCAGUUUUCUGUUUACCUCAGACUGUAAAUUCUCACUGUUCCUCUGAUACGAUGUCUCUCUUUCAUUUCUCCAUCAUCUGUCUCUCCUGAGGAGGUACAUUUCUGUCCUGUUUAUGGAGGAUCAUUUACCAAACCUAUCAGUCUGUUUUGAUCUCUGCUGUCACAGCUCUAGCCUCAGAGGAUAAGGGAGGAUCCAGGAGGAGGAAGCCGAUUCCAGAGAGAGAGGAAUAGAGAGAGUGACUGAGAUUAACCGGUUUACCUGAGACAAGGCUCAGCAGCUUAGUUUGUCAUGUUGGUCACUCUUCAGGGGUCAGAGAGCUGUCUAACUGCUCGUCUGCAAGGUUUAUCUCCCUGUAAUCCUGCCAUCUACUCUUAUGUAAUCCAGGCACUCCUGUGAGGUCAUGUGGUGGCUGAACAUAGCAUUUGUUAUGGUCCUGGCCAUACUGAAUAGUAGUUGAGUAUUUUGGUGUGUUUCUGCCCUUGAUGAGUUUGUGUUGUGUUGUGUCCUCACUACCGCGAGAACAACACCCUCUGUUGACGGGCUGCAGUAUAGGUCAUAAAUCCCGCCUCCUCCAGCCAUCCCUAUGGAGCUGUGGACAAACUUUAGAAAUUAAUUACACCGAAUGUAAAUGUUUCUCUCCCCUGCUCGUGAUGUUGACAUGUAGUUGCUGUAAGGCUGGUUUGUGCUCAAGUCCUCUUUUUUCUGUACAGCUCCACUUUUAAAAGUUAUCAGGAGGUUCACAUUUUCUAUGAUUGACACUUAAUACAGCCAGUGGGCGUAUGAACUUUAAAUUGUCAAAUCAUAUAUACAGUCUAUAGUCAAACUGGAUUGGUGCAGCACUCAGCAUCCUGCUGUUUGAAAUGUCUGGGCUUCAGUAAGUUGGGGGGUUCUAAAUUGUCAGCAGUAAAGCAUUUGGCCCCUGGUCUCCCACUGGGGACGUUGAAAAUAUCAUAUUUUGUGAUUACUGGCUUUUACAUGUGUAUUAGUAUGCUUGGGUUUCCCUGUAUCAUAGUCAAGUUUGGGUUUUUUCUUUAGUUUGAGAGCAGUAGGGAUAGACUUGCUUUUUCUUUUUUAUUCAUUUAAGUUAGGAUAUAUUUUUGUUAUUUUGUUGUGUUUCUUUUACUCAAGGUAAAGGAGUAUUUGAAAAAGAGAGCUUGUUUUGUUUAUUAUUUAAGAUAUUAUUUAUUCAAUGUUGCCAUUGUAAAAUUUCACAUCUUGAAAAUAAAUCAUCGUUGAAUUUCUUGGAGGGGACAAGCCUUGAUUACACUUUGAUGUUGCCCGCCUAUUCCCACGACGGGUGCAGAACAACAUUACAUAAACCUGCAGGAUGUGGUACACGUUCAGUCCAUCACUCACUGAUCUGAGCUGCGAGUUACAGACAUCUAUAAGCUCCAACUCAGUCUGUAAGUCUAAAUGUGACAUCUGAACCCCUGGGAUUGCUGAGUUAUGGCUCUCAAGAGGGUUAGCAUUAAUCUGAAUGACACAUGCUCACUUCCUCAGGGAGUCAGACAGUGAAUAAUACAAUGUCCUCUGCUGUUCAAUAUAAAGCAUCUCUACAAUCUCGGCUCCUCACACAGACUCAGACUAGUCAGGCUUUCUUUGGUAAAUCCACAAACCUCAUGUUCACACACACAGAAGAAAGUCAGUCUGUCAGUGUUUGGGGCAGAGUUUUGCAGCAGCUGAAUCUAGAGAUGUUGUUUUUAUUGGAAACCAGAAAAAGGACUGUUACAGUUGUCAUUAUAGUAUCAUAUAGUCAUAAAGCAUGGACCUCUGUCUCUGUACCAACAUCUGUCACACUGUCCUGAUGUUCAUUAGGUGAUGAAAUGUUUUUUGGUCAUCUCUCUGAUAGGUUGCUCAAAGGUCUGAAUCAUCACUCUGAGGUUCCUGACAUGCUGACACAGGUUAUAGACCAUUGUUUCAGUUUUGUGUUUAGUUUGUCACUAUGAGCACAAGUGACAAAGCCCGAAAACUUAUUUGUCAUCAGUGACUGAUAUCUAACAAACAGUUCAUACACUUUAAUUUUUCAGUGUUUCUGUCAGUUUAGAAAGUAUGUGAGCAGUAUCAGGACAUGGUGACAUGCAGGUUUAGAUGAUGGACUAUCAGAGCAGAGGACAGGGGUCCUCUGGACUCUCUGACAGGAGCUGCAGGCCUGUUUGUCUGCCUGAAGGUCACACCUUUCCUAUCACAGCAGAUAGCCAUCCAGCCUUCACAAGUGUUUCCAUUCCAGCCCGAUGAACCCGUCCUCGGUCAGACUGUCAGAUUAUUACACUGACAGGCUCUCACUGAUUCUGCUGUUAUUGGCUGUUUCUCUGCUGGGUUUCCUGUCAUUGUGGCCCAAGGGUUUCGAAAUCUCCCUGUAAAAGAGAAAAACUGAAUCAGACUCGAGUCUGCUCAGGCUACAUAGAAACACACUCAGCCUAUUAAGCUGUAAGGAUGUGGAUAAAAAAAACAGGAGAGGGAGGAAUACUGGAAAAACCUGUGUGAGUGUUUGAGUGUGUGCGUGUGUAUUGUGUGUUUAUAUUGUGUUUAUAGUGUGUUUUGACUUUCUUGGCUAUUAUGUAACAUUGUCUCUGCUCCAUAGGUAUCAGGCAUGUGCUUUACGUUGCACCACCGCAUUCUUCCCAUCCCAUCCCCCACUGAUCCAUCCACUCCUCCAUUCCUCCCCCUCUCCCAAUAGUGUUAUGCAACAGUCUCAGCAUGUUUGCUGGGCCUGGCGGCCUGCAUGGCGAGCUGUAAGCUGAGUCAAUAUGCUGACAGAGUAGCUCUGGGGGGGUGGGGGAGUGAACCACCAGUGUCUGAAGAGGGGCUUCGCAGAGCUCCCAGCAUUGCUCUCCACCAUAUUGACCAGCAGAAACAGAAGAAACAGAACAGAGUAUAUUUACGUGUCCAGUGAAGUCCAAACAUGCUUUAAGUUCAGCUGGAGGAUUUUACAGGACUACUCUCAUUGUCUCAGUCUACAAGGGCAAGGACUGAAUUAUUUACAGAAGUACAUCCUCCACUUCAGAGACAUAUCCCCUUUCAGCUUGGUACUACUGGGCCAUUUUAUGUUGACGCACUGAAAUAAUUGACAAAAUGCUUAAGCAUGUGGCUAAUGGGUUGUACAUCAAAUGAUGAAAUCGCUGUCACUCUUGCAGCAGUGAACCUUUGGUUCAUACAGCUCCAGUCAACACGUUUCUGCUGUUAAACUAUGGAGCCAGAUCUUUGACAUUCAAAAUUGCCAUUGAAAACAGAAUUUGACAUUGUGAUAAAAUUUGGCAUCGUGAAAAAAAUUUUAUUGACACAAAAACAAUAUUGGCUUUGAAAAAUGUUUGAACACAGGUGUAAAAGAUAAAAUAUUUCAUCUGGAUUUAAAAAAAUAUUUACUAUGUGGUUUUCAAUGUCAGUCUUUGGAUUUCUUCUUCAAAUCCAUCUUUUUUUCAGUGUCAGGGUUUUUUCUUUCAGUCUCACUGGUUUUCAGUUUCAAUGUUCAUUUCUUGUUUUCAAUGUUCAGUUCCUCAGUGCAAAGUCACUGGCAGGGUUUUGGUGUGGAAGAGAAUGUUUUAGGGGAGGGGCAAGGGACGCAUCAACGCGCCUUGAGGUUUUAAAAGGGGACUUCUGCCAGGGUGUGUAGCUACAUCAUGGUGAGAUCCUUGAGAGAUUUCAAAUCAUGAAUACUAGUAGCAUUGUGAUAUAUACAAAGAGCACACCUACAACAAACAUUCCUUUUUCAAGUAUUUAUUUACACACACAUGAAAAUGGAGUUGCAGCAGUAGAUUUGAAAAACUCUGAUAAUAGGGCCAAAGCCCUGGGGCGCUAUUGUUAAAAUGUGGAUUUCUUCUUAUUCCUCUUCCAGACAAGUUUUGAUUUAAUACUAGUUCUACACACCUAUUAUAAUCUCAAAAUUUCUCCAAAAAUGAUUGUGGUCAUUGAACUGUGAUUAUUCAAAAACUACUAUCAAAACAAGGAUUAAUGCACCUGUAGACAUAACUUGUGUCUACAUUUCCAAGUUAAAAUGGAGUCUUGAGGUGAAAGUAUGCUGAGCUGGUCUGAAAAAAUCCAAUAGUUACUCUUCGUUUGUUUUCGAUCAAACGACACGUUCUGAUAUGUAAUUUGUCCUACACUUCUUCAAGCUGUAGAACUAGUAGCUAAUUGAAAUAAGAAAUAAGAAAAUUAUACGGUAUACUCCUGAACUAAGACCGAGGCAGGGGCCCUUGUGUUAUUGUAUAGGGGCCAUUGCCUCGGUGUGUUUGCCCUGUCACUCUAAUGAUGUCAAUAACAGAACUCCAAACACUCUGAUACUAAUCUUUGGAUGUGUGUGUGUUUAUGUGUUUCAGAAACCAGCCAACAUCCUGGUGAUGGGGGAGGGUCCAGAGCGAGGCCGCGUUAAAAUCGGUGAGUCAGAAACAUUAAUCUGUUAACCUGUCGAGCUGUUGGACUGAGUGUGUUGGAUAUAUUUAUACAGCAUGGAUGUUGUUGAUGGUCUCUGUCCUCUGUAGCCUGGAUCAAUAAGCUGUUGAACUGCUGGCUUUCCUCUGGCUGUAGCUUUUAACCUCUGGGUGAGAGGUCCUCAGGUCAGAGCUGGUAUAUAAGCCACUCAGGGUCUGCUGAAGGGUAAAGUUGCAGAAUUGCAGUCUAUUUUUAAACUCUUUGACUGACUGCUGCAACACUACCCAACUAUUGUUCCAGAACUAAAUGCUACAGCUACGACUGCAGAGUGUGUGCAUGAGAGUGUGUGUGGGAUUGUGUGUGUGUGUGUGUGUGUGUGUGUGUGUGUGUGUGUGUGUGUGUGUGUGUGUGUGUGUGUGUGUGUGUGUGUGUGUGUCCGAUCAGCUGCUGAAACAAGAGAGCACCUUUACAGAGAUCAAAGUCACCUAACACCAUCUGUAAAGCAGCUGAACCAUCCAGUCUUUAUAUUAGGAUAUUCCUGACUUCCAGCUCCUGAUUAACCAAACCCCAUGCUGUGACCACAGGGAAAAAUCAAAACAGAUAAAGUUUGCUUUUCUGUGAAUUAUAUUUUAUUAUAUUACUAUGUAAUAUUAUAUAUAUAUAUAUACUGUUAAAGUUCAUUAUAAGGGUUGGCUGACAAUUUCCUUUGAUGUGAUGAUAAACCAGAAAAGGUAUUAAAUAUGUGCGUAUGAUCAUAAAUCUCAUGUUCCAGCAUCUUUUGCUUAAGUCAAUUUAUUCAAAAUACAACAGAAAACACCCCAAAAGCUAAAAGAUCUGAAAGAGGAGACCACUGGUUCUAAAUAACCUGCAAGAUGAUAUUAAAAGAUCACAAUUGUAUAAGAUAAUGUUCAGUAUAAUAUGAACCAGUUUAAGCACUGAAUAUUAGAACAAAGAUCUUUAAAAAUUGAUAAUUGAAAGGUUUUUUUCUGUUUUUUUCACACAUUUUCGAACCUGUUUGCUCCGAUUUAUUGUUGUUAUGGCUUAUCUUAUUUUGAAUUAUUAUUAUUAUUGUUAUUAUUAUUACAGCCCUUACAAUGUCAGUCGUCUGUCAGGUCUUAGUUUAUGUUUUUUUUUAGAUAAGGAGGUAUAAUCUGAGGUGUGGGGCCUCUCGAUGGCCGUAAACUCUCAGCUCUCUAUCUGCGUUUUUUAAAGUCUCUGUUUGUUCUCUUCCUCUUUCUCUCCUCCUCUCUCUUUCAUUUUUAGCGGACAUGGGUUUUGCUCGGCUUUUUAACUCCCCCCUGAAGCCUCUCGCUGACCUGGACCCUGUAGUGGUGACAUUCUGGUACAGGGCCCCUGAGCUUCUGCUGGGGGCCAGGCACUACACCAAAGCUAUCGGUAGGUGAGGUGUUAGGUGUGAAGGUGGAGUCAACCACAGCUUCUACUGGAGUUUUAAUGACUCACUAACCCCCCUCCCACCUACCUCUGUACAGAGUUGUACAGUAGAUAUCCAUCUGAUAGGCUCUGAGAGUCCAUGCAUGGUUGAAUUCCUGUUUUUUUUUUCCAACUGUUCAAACAGAAUAUUUAUCCUCAGCAAUCAUUUCUGGCCUUAGCACUUUAUUCAGUCACAUUAAACACUAGUCUAUGGCUAUUAAUGGUUAAACAGGUAGUGAAGUGGAUGCACUCCCACCAUUACAGGUCCAGUUUUAGCCAGCUGAGGUAGCCUGUUGGUGCAGGACCAGAACAAAGUCUUAAGUUAACCAUCUAUCUUAUUAGUAUGAGAGCUGCUGCUGCUGCUGCUGUCAUGUGGGGUCAGGCUUUGUCAGAGCCCAAACUUCCCCAUACUGCCCUACAGGCCACAAAGUACAAAGCUUUGACAUCUCAGAGCACAUCAGCUGAUAAUCACAAUGUGACGCCUGCGUAUGUCUGUGUGUUCAUGCUCCAGAUAUCUGGGCCAUUGGAUGCAUAUUUGCAGAACUUCUAACGUCGGAGCCCAUCUUUCACUGUCGACAGGAAGAUAUCAAGACCAGUAACCCUUUCCAUCACGACCAGCUGGACCGGAUAUUCAGCGUCAUGGGUUUCCCUGCAGGUCUGCAGACACACACGCACGCACGCACGCACACAGUCAGCUGUUGUAGGCAGCAGGUUGCAGCCUGUAAUUACUGAUAUCAUUACAGUAAUGACAAUUACACUCUUAGUGAUACAGCAGGUGACAAGCAUCUCUACAUGACUGAUCUCAAACCAUCAUCAUAAUUUUAAUUCACAGUCUCUUUAUCUGUUUACUGAUAGUCGCUCUGUGUGUUAAAAUACACACUGCUUUGUCCCCCCCAGUGUGUGUGUGCACAGAGAUGUAUAUUCUACAGCUCUUACAAACGCUUUGAGUAUAUUUUGACAUCUUUAAACAUUUACAGAGCAGUUUAAAUAUUACAAGCAAACAGUAUUACCCCCUCUACAUGUUUACUAUUCGUAGAUGAAGGGAAGUGUACUGUAGGUUAUUUUCCUAUCUGCCCUUGAGUGCAUGUCCUUGAGGGGUUUGUCAGUCAGGAGCACUGUGAGGCCAUGUGGUAGUGUGAGUGUCACCUUUUGCAAUGACAUGUUUAGGUAUUAAUUUGUAAAAGAACCAUCAUGAAGAGCCAUAUGGGAAAAAAACAAACAAACAAACAUCCGUAAUACUCCAUUUUAACUCAUUCACUGUGAAAAAUGAAAAGCUACCAACUCAUAGUAGUAGUAGUCGUCAUAGUCUAUCCAGACCGAGACUCUUUAAAACAGACACAACUGUGAUUUUUUUUAUGUGGUUAUUGUGAUGAUUUGCUCAAAGGACCUGGAAGUGAGCCUCAGACAGGAGUAGGGGGUGAUCAAGUUUUAUUCCAAAUAAAGAGAAUUGCUAAAUGAAGUUCAAACAGCAAAGACUGUCCAGAAGUAAAGGGUCUGCAGGCUACAAAGACAGAACUGAGAGGAAGACAUGUUCAGUUUUUUUCUGUUUUAAUCUUAAAAGCGCCUGUGAGACAUUUUUUUUUGGUCAUGAAAUUAUUACAGAAACCUUUUUAUAGCCUACAAAAGCAAAUCAGGAAUCAGCAUAAAUGGGCAGAUGUGAGGACAAGAUCAGCAAAGAGGGCACACUUUGUCCACCGGGGGCGCCAAAAUCAACACAAACUAAAAGUUUCCCUGUGCUUUGAAAAAGAUCAUUUCACUGACUGGUUAAAGCAUUAAAUCUUGCUACUAGAUUCAUUUUUUGUAAAAUUUAUAAACUAAGCUUACAGAAAAUAUGAUAGAAAAUAACUUCAGAGUCUGUCUUUGUUUGUAAAAACUGUUUUUGACUUUUGUGUGCACGUAUAUUUCAUGAAAAGCAGAGAGUCUGGGAGAGCUGCAGUUAAAAAAAUCUUGGUGACAGUGAGUUUUCCAUUGAGUUUGUGAAGUGAUUGUGUGUUUGUGAAACUGUGAGUGUGUCUGUGUGUCCUCAGAUAAAGACUGGGAAGACAUCAGGAAAAUGCCUGAAUACCCGACCCUGCAGAAAGACUUCAGGAGGACAACGUGAGUCCAUGCCCUGACCCUGAUCAGAACCUCACAGACUCAUGAAACAGAUUUGAAGUCUUAAUAUAUUACUAAGUACGAUCAAAUAUAAUGAAAUAUAACCAAAGAUCACUCACCACAGCUGAGUGCUGUUUUCUCGCCUCGCAGGUACGCAAACAGCAGCUUAAUCAAAUACAUGGAGAAGCAUAAAGUCAAACCAGACAGCAAAGUUUUUCUACUGGUAGGUCUGCACACACACACACACACAAACACACACACACACACACACACACACACACACACACACACACACACACACACACACACACACACACACACCUCUUUUUAUUUGGUAUCGGACUGUCAGCUCUGCCAGUCUGUCGCACUGACCCCCAUCAUGAUGAAGUGCUUUGAAAUGCUGGUAAAGGAUCACAUACUGAAUGACAAUAAAAGUCUAAGUCCAGAGCUGAGGCAGCCUGACUGGAUCUACUCUCGCAUUAGACAAACUGUACCGUGCUCUGGCAGGUUUAAAGCCUCAUGAGCUUUAGUCCAGUUUCUUUGAUGGGAUAAGUUGAUGGCAAUAUUCAUUCAGCUAUUUUGGGAUAUCAGCGAGGCAUGAUGAGAUCCAAACAGAAGUGUGAAUGACAAAAAAGUUGGGUAUCAUCUGCAUAGCAACAGUUUGAGAGCCCAUUUGAGCAGAUGAUUGCACCAUGUAAGGGAGUGUAUAAUUAAAAGAGAGGGGUCCAAGUAUUGACCCUUGAGGGAUUUCUGUUGCUGAGCUGUCAGUUUUGGACACUUCCCUCCUCCCAGAUACUGUAAAAGAUCAGGGACCUGGGAGAAAGGAUAUGAACCAGUAAAGGGAAGGGAGCUGAAAACUAUCUUUGGGUGUUUGCAGUUAUCCUUUUAGCUGCUGCGGUGCAGUUUCAAUAGAGUGGCUCUAAUUAAAGUUCCAAAAAAAAUUUUUUGAAUAGGAAAUCAGGAAUGAACCUUUAUCUUGUUUAUUCCAUGCUAACAACAUUUCAGUUUUAUGCAUUAUUAUUAACACAAUGUACAAACUCUAAAUGCCUCAUCAUGUAAGAUAAUCUUGACCUGGUGAGUUCAGAUUCUAAAAAUGUUGGCAAAGGCUAAGAACAAAAUUUUGCUUAUACAAAAGAUUUCCUCAAUGGCAAAUGUAAAAACAACAAUCAGAUGCAGACAAAACCACAUUCUUUACCAUAUAUGGGCAUUCCAAAGACAUACAGCUGUUAAGUCAUAGACAAGGCACACAACUAAGGGUCUGAUCUACUAAGAUUACAAAAAAACAAGCACUAAAUUGCAUGUGCAAACUAAAACAUUGCACAUGCUUUAGUGGCUGUGUUUUGGGGAAUCUACUAUGAGUGAGUGUGCAAUUGAUAACAGGUGCAUAAGUGGUGCAGACCGCCCUGUUUAAAUGAGGAUUUUGCGUGCACCGGCUGUCACUAUGGAGAGUUUGGGAGAACAGAGUGGCCUUAAACAAAAGAUGAAUGCCAGGAGGUGGAGAUAUAAACCCUUUCUUCCGUCGGUCAUCAUGGGAAAUGUCAACGCCCUGCCCAACAAAAGCGAUAUGUGAAGACUGAGAAAGCAUACCCUGAGUGCAGUCUUCUGUGUUUUACUGAAACCUGGUUGACUCAAAACAACUCAGACUCCAGUGUGGAUCUACCUGGAUUCUCUCUCAUAAGGUCAGACAGAGAUGCUAAAACUAGUGGCAAGAAGAAAGGAGGAGGUCUGGCUUUAUUUGUUAACCUGAGAUGUUUCAACUCUUCACACAUGACUGUCAAGGAGAGGAUGUAUUGUCCAGAUAUUGAACUGUCGGCAGUUGCUCUUAUGCCAUAUUAUCUUCUUUGGGAGUUCAGUCAUAUCAUAACAAUACAUCCCACCCAAGGCAACAGCUGAAAUCCCGUGUGAUGUUCUCCUUGAUACUGUUGCUAGGAUACAAACUAAACACUCUGAGGCACUAAUAAUAAUAUCAGGAGACUUCAACCAUGUCACCUUCUCCUCUCACCUGACUGGAUUCACACAGCUUGUGAACUGUCCUACCAGAGAAAUUAAAACCCUGGAUCUACUGUAUGCCAUCAUCAAAGAAGCUUACAGAGUCACUACCUCACCACCACGGGGCAAGUCAGAUCAUAACAUGGUCUAUCUGCAGACCUGUUACAAACCUUGUGUACUGAGGCAGCCUGUGACUAAAGUCAAAAUCAGAAGAUGGACUCUUCAAGCUAGUGAAGCUCUAAGGAACUGUUUUGAAUCAACAGACUGGACUCUGCUGCUGGAGGACAGUAUGAACAUUGACAGACAGGUUGACCGCUUUACUUAAUACAUCAAUAACACAGUUGUACCGACAAAGACUGUUUGCUGUUUCCCCAACAACAAACCCUGCAUCACAAGUGAGCAAUCCUCAAAGUUUUAAAAUCUAUUCUACUUAGUGUGGUGAAGAGAGUAUUACUUCAUCAAGUGGUUUCAUCUUUAAAGCAGGUGGUAUGAUAGAAAGAAGUCUGUUGAAUGCCAUCUUUAUGGGACUGACUGGAAUGUUAAGCUUUUUAUUGACUAGACAGAGAAUAUGCAUAUCCUCAUGAUUCCAAGGUUUUGCUCAGAAUUACAGCUGCUCCUCUUGUACUCUGUGAUGUGUAGCUCACUGCAGUGCAGUGUUUAAUUGUUUGAAAGGAUCCCCAUUAGCUGCCACCAAGGUGACACGCUAGUCUUUUUGGGGUCCACACAGCAAGAUAAUCCAAAACACAGAACAUAAUACAGGAUACACAUGACAAUCACAAUUCACAUCAUUUACUAUGAUAAUUCAGUUUGUGUAUGUUCAGUGGGCAAUUGUCUGUUGUUAAUGCCUGUUGUCUCUUAUUAUCCCUCUCAUUUCCUGACUGGGGCAAAGUGAAAUGUUUCUAUAUUUCAGAUUUGAAAGUUUCUGGAGCGUCCACAAUAUCAAAAUCAUGUCUUUGUUCCUCAUCACUAAUGCCACAGCAUGCCAUUUUAGCUGGAAAAUAUAUAUAUAUAUAUAUAGGUGAAAGUGAAUAAACUGUUCAUCCCUGAUAGAAACAGGUCCUCUCUCUAACUCUGUGUUCCUGUUUGCUCUUAGCUCCAGAAACUCCUCACCAUGGACCCCACCAAGAGGAUCACAUCGGAGCAGGCACUACAGGACCCCUACUUCCUGGAGGAUCCAUUACCGACCACAGAGUGAGCCUCACUGAACUGUGGUUCAUGCGUUCAUUCUUUCAUCCAUAUAUUCUGCAGGGGUUUAUGAUCAGAGUGAAAUUACUGCCUCUCUGUCCUCCUCAGUGUGUUUGCCGGGUGUCAGAUCCCCUACCCGAAGCGAGAGUUUCUGAAUGAAGACGAGCCUGAGGAGAAAACAGAAAAGGUAAUUAUGAUUCAUGCUGGAGAAAUCAUACAUUUAUCUCUGCACCAAUUUUAACAAGUACAUCAGUUUUCAGUUUUCAGAGACAGAUUUAGCAUUAUACAGUCAGUUUAACCACACACCAAUAUCAGUAGCUGCUGAACUCAACCUCCACAGCUAAGUGGUUUGAAAUCUUAUCUACUGUAAAAUAACUGAGAUAAGUUCCACUUAUUGUCCAGUUUGGACCUGUUUCAUGAUUAUCAGCGCUGGUGUAUUUAUUAUCCUUUCUUAUUAGGAUUCUACUACCUGCUGUAGGAGAUAGUACAGACAGCCUUGUUGAAUGCCAUCUUUAAAACACCAUUACCAUGUAGUUUGCUCAUUAAAGCGCACUCUGACUUCAUAGUUUACUAUAUGCUAAGCAUGAAUGACCAUCAUGCUUGUUGAGGAAAACUUUGAGAUAGUAAGAUGUAAGCACAGGUAAAAGGCUCUGACCACUACUUUAUUCAGAUUUUGCUUGGCUUACCAUCAUUUCAACAAAGUACUACUCAGUUAAUAUCAUACUGCAGAAACUAUCUCUCACUUGACCCAACUAAGAUGUCAGUUAUGGCUUCAUGUAAGGAGUUCUUUGCACUCUCUGUUAAUGAAGCUACAGACACCCUCUGCUCCUCACUAGACCUCUGGACAAACUCUGCCCUCUGGUGUCCAAGCCAGCUCAAAAUACUCCACUCUCUCUGCUUUCAACUCUCUCCUCUCUACUUCAAACCCACAACCCUUCACCAUGUUUACUCCAGACAUGUUUGCCUCAUACAUUACUGACAAGGUUGCUACCAUCAAUCCUUUGAGCCUGACCAACUCAGCUUUUUGCCACCAGCUAGUGAUUCCUCACUUAGCUCAUUCUCUCCACUGAGCAAAAGCAAAGUCACCAGUUACCCACUCUUUUUAGUUACCACACUUUGCAGGACCAUUAUCUGUCAAAAAGGGUGGUCAGUCUAAGAAGGCUGUUUACAUGUGCUGUUACUAGAGUGGUGUAUUUAGAUUUAGUUUCAGGUCAGACAACAGAAAAUUUUCUCUUAUCUUUUGAGACAUUUAUUGCAAGGUGAGGGCUAUGCAGUUAUUUACUUACACAGUGCCAGAACAUUAAAAAGAGCAGACCAAGAUCUGAAGGAGCUUUGGAAGUCAUCCCAAGGAUCUGAGUUUAAAUGGUUUUCACUGACAAGGUAAUAACAUGAAAGUUUAUCGCUGAGUGACGCAUCAGAGCCUCCACCACUCACACCUUAUUUCCUUGUUGAAGAAAGACUAACCUCUCUACCACCAAAGACUUUCUCCACCAUCUCAGGCAACAAACGUGAGCAGAGAAGACAUGGGUUGGACAUUGAAAUGCCAAUAGAGACUGUUGACCAACUUUUGGUCCAGCUGCAAAAAAAGGACUACUUGAUGGACUUGAAGUCAGCGCACAUGUGUGAGACACCACAGUUGGAGAAGAAAACAUGCCCAGGCAGACCUGGAAAAUGGGCAGGAUCACAGGGCUGUUUCCAGGGAGAGAUCGACUUAUUUGUUCUUGUAAUGUUCAUACUUCUACAGGCCGUUUGUUGAAGAGACCUUUUCAGUUGAUUGAAAAUGUUGUGUAGUAGAGCUUCAGUUGAUGAAAAGGCCUGUCUCUUUUCAGUGAACUGCUUUGUGUUCCUUUUUUAUUGUAAACAGAUGAAAAACUAACACAAAACAUGGACAUCUUUACCAUCCUCAACUUCUUAGCAAUCAAGUAGCAACGACAAGCACCAUUCUUUUUUCAAUUUCAAAAUAAGAGCACUUCAAAAUAAAAACAUUUCCUGGUGCUAUUCUUCCUAAAUCAUUGUAUUAGCACAUUAGUUGACUCUUAUUCAUGUCAAUAAUGUAAAGGUAUCCAGGUUGUCCACUGUCCUUGCUGCCACUGACUACAGGCUCUGAUUUUAUAUCGCUCCUCCUCCAUCUUGGUCAUCUCAGAUAUAUCACCAUCUCGUUCCUCUCCUUCCUUGAGGCUUUUGACCACAUCAGGGUAGCUAGUCCUCACCCAAGGCCUGUUUUCUAAGAUUGUGUACUCCCAGCAUCCUUAAGGUGCCUCAACCUGCAUAUGGCCUAUUCAAGUGCUUGCUCAGCUUUCAAUUUCAGUUCAGCACAGGGGCUUCAGUGUUCUGUACAGAGGGGUCUGCUGAGGCUCUCAACUCUAGCUCAAGCCUUACCUUCUCCUGCAUAUAGCUGAGGUUAAUAGACUUUAGAGAUAGCUGAAAUGCAUUCCUUCAGACUAGGCCUACAAUGGAGAAGCUCUGUGGUAGUCCCGGCAACUUCUAAAUGUAACUAUGGGCUACCGAGUCCAUCGUCAAUACUGUGGAGGUUGCUUGUAUAGAGUGAACUGAGCACCAGGCUUUCAGUUUUUCAGGGAGAUGGCUUCUGUUGAUCCUCUCAAAGCCUUCAGAGAGUUGUUUUAGGACAGUGGCAGGCUCGUGUUUGUCUGACAGAUCAGCGGUGUACAGUUUUCUUAGGCUUCAGACAGGUUGUAAUGGAAUCUUUUCUCCAUAUACUGAGAAAGAGAUGAUGUCAAUCCUUGUUCCUUCCUGUAUAGAAAGACUGCAAGACUUGAAGGGUUUGAUCCUCGUUCUGGCCCAAGUGACAAAUUCCUCCAGUCUUUUUAGGAAUCUGGCAGUACAAGCUGCUUUUGCAAGGAGGCAUGUCACAUCAUCCAUGUAGCUCUGCAAGGCUAGCAUGCACUGACCUGACUGUGAUCUGACUCCUAAAACAAUCAGGAUGAUUUCAAAGGCUGCAGUGAAAAUGAUGGGAGAGAUAGAGUAACCCAAUGCUAUGCCUCUCUCCAGCAGAUGCCAGCCAGUGGUUCUAACCUGUGUUGAAUAGCAGACAUGAAAACUGCCAAAAUGUCUGGACACAUUCUGCACUUACUAUGACAGCAUGGCUUUGUUCAAGAAGAGCCGUGCUGCUAAACUGGUCUGCCUGCAGUCCAGACAUGUACUAUACAAUACGAUACGAUACGAUACGAUUUGACAUGACACGAUACGAUAGGAUAUCAUACGCUAUGAUACGACACGACACAAUACGAUGUGAUACAAUACGAUAGGAUAUCAUACAAUACAAUACUAUACUAUAUUAUACUAAACUAUACAAUUUAAUACGAUACAAUACAAUACUAUAUGAUACUAUACACUUUCUUGUCCCCUGAGGAAAUUUGUCUUGGACUCCAAGAGCUGCAGAGAUAAAGCUGCCAACUGGUGACACAAAGUACUAGACCUAACAAAGACACAGUCACAUGACCCAAGCACAUUGCACAUACCAAUAUUAUAUAAUACCCAUAAUAUACACAUAUUGCACAAGAAUUCCACAGAAAUUGUCAAAAGAAACACAUCAACAAAAGACAGCAAUGACGAGGAACAAGACACAGCAGGUGAGACAAGGCAAACAAGACAAAAAAGAAAAUGACAAGAUAGCAAGAUAACAUAAUGACUUUAUUGCACUAUCCAGACAUAUUUAACGAAACAUUAUUUAAAUACCUAAUUGAGGUGGGCAGGAAUGAGUUUUUAAAACGGUUCAGUCUACAUUUUGGGACUCUGUAUCACCAAAUGUAGACUGAACUGUUUUAAAAACUCAUUUAUGCCCACCUCAAUUAGGUUUUUAAUGUUUUGUCACCAAUUAAAAAGAUUGGGCACAUCAUGACACAAAAGAUACGACAAAGGAGACCCUGAACUGUUGAGCUGCUGAAAUACUCUAUUAGGCAAGAAUGGGACAUUUCCCUCUACAAACUCCAGAAACUGGUCUCCUGUGUUCACUAAUAUUAACAGAGUGCUGGUAAAAGAAGAACUGGUGGCACAUAAUGAGAAACGUGACGCUUUAACUAAUUUUUACAAACAUGACCUUAUCCCUUUUGUCUUUAAGAGAAUCCAUAAAUGAAGGGAGUCAAAAUAUCUGGAGUAAAGUUCUUAUUUUGGCUCUGAUGGUUAUUUAGGGUGCUGAAUAUGAGAUGAAGAGGCAUAUUAUAAUGGAGUGAUGUGGCUGUUCAAUGUCUCCUCUGAACUCUUUUUUUCAGUCAGAUUUAAAAGAAAAAAAAACACAUUUAUCAGUUUUAUUAUUGGUGGUGAUGUCCUUGAUUGCCUCUCAGGCUGCUGUAGCUAUAGUCUGUAGCUCUUUGCAGGCUCAGUCACACAGAGAGCAAUCCUCUCUGCAGCAGGAGCUUAAACAAAUAAGAAUAUAAAUGAUAUAAAGAGCAGAGUGUCAGAGGCACUGAGGUGAGACACAGGAGGAGGCAUCUUUGUUAAUGCUUGAACAGUUGAGUAACUACACCUGUCUCUAUGCUCCUGAGCACUCAGAGUGUUUUCAUCAGACUGAGAGUUGGUGUGACUGCAGAGAAAAGUGGGUCAGACUAAAGCCCAGAUUCUUGCAGAGAAACCAGAUCAAACUCUUCAAGUCUCUGAUCGGUUCACACUGGCUUCACUUCUGAUGAUUUUCUGCUCACAGAUAGACUCUCAGGCACUCCUCUAUACCCCCCCCCUCUCCUCAGCAGAACCAGACCCAGCAACACCAGCAGACCACGGGCCAGACCCAGACCCAGAACCAGCAGCAGAUGACUGCCCAGCAGGCGCCCUCCCAGCAGAGCUCGGCCCAAACCAAUGGCACCACUGGAGCAGUAGGGGGCACUGCAGGCACAGGUCUACAACACGGUCAGGACCAGGGGCCCCCCAACAAGAAACCUCGCAUUGGGCCCUCAGGGGCCUCCUCAGGCACUGGGGUGCUGCAGUCAGACUACCAGGUGAGGAGAGACAGAGAGCGGUAUAUCAUGCAGUGUAAUAACUUAAAGGUCCCCUAUUUUGGCAUUUUUUAUCAAGUUUAAAUUGGCCCCAGAGGUCCCACAAUAGCAAAUUUGAAGUUUGUUGUCUAAAACACCAGUUUAUUUGUGGACACCAGCCAGCCUGUACCCUCCUCUUUUUGAGCUCCACUGAGAACGGGCUGAUUCUGUACCUGUACCUUUAAAUGACAAUGAGCUGUUUGUAAACAUCUUCCUCCCCAAGGCCACUCUGAGUUGCUGGCACCGCCACUGUACCACAGCCUUCCCGCGCCCCCGAGAAACACCCGCUGCUCACGAGAAUAAAAGUAAAUAGAAGUGAGUCCAAAGACAAAUACCAACGAUGGUGAAACUUACAGCUUCCACGUUAGAAUUUGGGUCCCUGACACGGACAGUAGGUACGGAUCCGGGUUUUAUCUUCAGCUUCUUAGCGAAUCAUGCUUUGAACUGCCCCUCGUUGGUAAAACAGUCUGAGGUGAAUGGCUUGCGCACUCAUACGACAUUUUCGGAGAUGUUGUGUACAUUUCAAUCAAAAAUAAAAUUAAUCCACUGGGUCCUCAAAUCCUCAAAUAGACUUCUGUCCUUGUUUGUGCAGCCAAGAACCAAGCAACAACUGGGUCGUAGCUUCAACAUGGUUGCUGUACCGAGGCGGCGUAUACGAGGGGAAAAAAUGGCGGAUACUGCCUUAGCGAAGAAGUUUUAGAGGGCUGGGCUAAAAAUUAUCAGGGGCGCUGCCACUAACACGUAGGAGGGGCUUAUGAGGUUAUGUUGUCAUACCUGCACAGCUUUUCCAUUCGCCCAUUUGCGCUCAUGUUUUCAUAGAGGAGGGGAAAGCAAAAGAGAGAGAGAAUGAAAUUUUUUCAUGCUGGGAGUGGAGGGGCGUUGUCGGCUUCGAGGAGAUGGUGGUAUUAUUGGUAGAAAACCACCCAAAAGUGGAUUUUUCAUAAUAGUGGACCUUUAAACUCUCUGAAACUUCAUAAUAAUGUAUAAAAAAGAUGUCUGACUCUGAUCAUCCUGUAGAGUCUGCCUCCAUGAUUCAUUGUUAGCACACAUGUUCAGACCCUGCAGUCAACUCGCCAUGUUUCCUCUUUCUUUCCCAACAGCAUUCUGGACCCCGCAUUGGUUACCAAAGCAACGUCCAAGGCUCCACCCAGGCCCAGAGCACCAUUGGAUACUCGUCGUCAUCGCAGCAGAGCUCCCAGUUCUCCCACCAGACCCACCGUUACUGAGGCUUUCACUAUCCUCCACCGAGAGUCGCACCCGUCCCCCACUGAUUAUGACAUCAUUUCAGCCCCUCAUCCCUGUCCCUCACCUGUCCUUGACCACUGACCUUCUUCCCAACCUGAUGGUAAACUCCAGCUCUGGAUCCCCACUGCAGACAGAUAGAGGGGUCCUGACAUGCUGAGGGAAGUCCAGACUAGUGGGACUUUUGCUGGCUGAUGGUUUCAUACUGUAAGAUAGACGUUUGGACGUAGAACAGCAGCACUUAGAGACAGCUGUCUCCUCAGCAGCUGUUUUCACACUUGUACAUUCUGCAGCACCUUUUUCUAUCCCUCUCUUAUUACUCUGGUUAACCCUGAUAGCUGAUGUCACUGUAAAUAUUGUUCCAUAUAAAAGAGAUGAGAGAGGAGAAAUAGGAGGAAGAGCCCUUUACACUCACCUCUACAUCACCUUUAUGAAUAUGAACUGUAAACAGAGAAGCCUCUGAGCUGACACUCUCCACGAAGUCAAACUCUCCAGAGAACAAAAUCAGCUCAUGCUGCUUGGAGCACAUGCAGGGAAAUAUUUACAUGAACCCCACCUCCUGAUUCUGUGCUUUUAGUGUCACACCUGUCUUUACCAGGUUGAGAUUAGGACAAUAAGAGCAGAGAUAUUACAGCUCCACUUCCACUCUGCUCCGAUCCACUCCAUCACUUUUACAGACAGACUACAGAUGGCUGAAAGCCAAGAUUCCUGUCCUCUGACUGCAAUAGCAGCGUUGUUUCAACAACGACAGCAGCUCACUCGUAUCUCUGUGGACACUCAUAUCUUUGUGGACACGUGUCUUUGACUCUAAGGGUUCUGGACUUGAGCGUGUGCAUUAACCUCCAGGGCAGCUAACAGACCGCCCUCUCUUGACAUUCUUUCAGACUGUUACCGCGUGAUGUCAGAUUGUUUUUUUAUAAGAUUUUACUGCUAUUAUUGUUGCCCUGCAAGUGUGUGUGAGUGUGCGUGUGUGUGUGUUUGUGUGUGUGUGUGUACAUGAUGUUUUUUAUGCAUGUCGUUGAUCUUUUUACUUUUACUUUAUUUGAGCUACAGAGAGCUGGAACAAAUGGGGUGUUUAAAGUAUGUCAUCUCCCUCUGCAAACCUGUUGACCAAUCACAGAGCAGCACUCUGAACUCUCUUAGGGCCUGAUCUACUAAAGGUCUGUGCGUACAAAAACACGUGCAAACUUGAUUGCGCUCGCAAAACUGAUCUACUAACCAAGCGCACCGAGGGUUGCGUCAAAUAAGCAAAACAGAAUGAGCAGUUUAUGGAGUGUGUUCGCUUUCAUGAAUAUUCAAAAUAUUUGAAGAUUAUCAGAAUGCACAAAAUACUGGGAGGAGGAGAUGAAAAUGUAAUCAUCCAGCACCUACAAUGUGAUUUAUCAAACCCUGAAACUUAUUGCGGUCUGUGUUUCUGCAUCUAUAUUUAGCAAGAUUGAAAGGCAAGUGCAAACUGGCAGAGCAUUACGCAAAUACAGCUGCGGUCAUUGUGGCGAGAAGGAAUCAUAGAUGUAAUGACAGACGACGGAGAGAGAGAGUCUUCUGUUUGCAUGUCAACAUAUUUAGACUGUUAGAAAUAAGAAUAGUAUAGACCAUAGUCUGUAUAUAGAAUGGACAGACUCUGCCUCCUCGCUGAGUGAAGCUACUUCGAGAACAGCACCCUCUGUUGAUGGGCUGCAGUAUAGGUCAUAAAUCCCGCCUCCGCCAGCAAAGCUUAAAGAGCUGUGGUCAAACUUUAGAAAUUUAUUACACAGAACAUAAUUUUUUUUCCCCCCUGCUUGUGAUGUUGACAUGUAGUUAUUGUAAGACUGAUUUGUGCUCAAGUCCUCUUUUUUCUGUGCAGUUCCGUUUAAAAGUUAUUAGGGGGUUCAUGUUUUCUUUGAUUGACACCUGAUACAGCCUAUUGGGAUUGCGUAGCUCACCAGGGAUACGCUGUUUGAGCCAACGUCACCACAGCGACUCUCGGCGAGUAUUCCGCCAAAUGCGCACAACCCUACUGCGCAGCGCUGGUUUCAGGAAGUGGAGAAAAAUCCCGGAAAUACGGGGAGCUAUUUGGGAGCUAUUUGGCUUCAAAUCCAUAUACAGGCAGGAGGCGGAACCAAGUUGUCCAUAGUAUAUACAGUCUAUGGUAGAGAAAUAUCGUCUAUCCAGCAAUGCCAUUUCUGAGCUACUGGAUGACCUGAGGGUUAAUUUCUGCCGGUCCCAAACCGGUUUUAUUCGCAGAGGUUUUAUUAGGGGAAAGUUUUUCCUUUGUUCUUCUGCAGAUAUCUUGCGUUCUUCUUUUUAUUUAAUCAGCAGAUCAUCUGGUUUUGCUCACAGCAUUCAUCUUUCAUCCCAAAUUGCGUUUCCUCUGGCAAAGCUAAGAUGUCUCUGCUGGAGUUCACCAGUGUGUUUGUUUGCCUCCUCCUCCAAGACCUCCAACUCCAUUGCUUCUUAUUUUAUUUUUUAUUGUUUAAGGCCACUCUGUUUUCCAAAGCUCUCCAUGGCGUGCAUGCAAAAUCCUCAUAUAAAUAGUGCAGUCUGCACCACUGCACCACCAAUCAUAGUAGAUCACCCGCAACACGCCCACUAAUAACGGCACUUGUAAUUUUUUAGCUCCUUAUUUGGGAUCUUAGUGGAUCAGGCCCUCAGACACAUGAAGAGACACCUAGAGCAUUCUUUUAAAAAGCCAAGGAGAGGUUAGCGACAUUAAUUCACUUCAACACAAAGUAAAUGUUUCAUGUUUCAAUCUGAACUUGUCCUGCCAUGAGCUCUCUUUCCUGUCCUAUCUCGAUAAAAACUCAUAUAACCUGAUCUUAUAUUAUUAAAUCUAAUCUGAUCUAAUGUAAUCUGAUGUGACCUGAACUAACAUGGCCUGAUAUGAUCAGGUCUGAUAUAAUCUGAUCCAGUCUGAUUUUAUCUCAUCUGAUUUAAAAUAAUCUGGUGUGAUGUGAUGUUAUAUUAUGUGAUGUGAUCAGAUCAUAUAAGAUCAGAUCAGAUCUUGUCCUGACCCUUGCCCUGUACCUGAAUCUUUGAAACCCUCACACAGACAAACCUGAAGUCACUCUGACAUUGUGCCAUCCAUGCUUUAAAUCCACUACAUCUUGCAGGAACCAACCAAUUCAAUGAUUUUCUACGAAAUCCUGCUUUUUUAAGGCUGCAGUUCUUUGUUUCCUGCCCUAAUGCUAAGCUUAACUAACAAGCUAAACUAAGCAUCACUCGAUGUAUAUUUAGAAUAAACUACACGCCUCUAUCCCUGCCUACUGAGAAGUGUUUGGUUAAAGAACCACCUCCAUGGAUGCUGAUGAUGUUUGGAGUGUCCUCUAAAGGCCAAUAUCAGAGUGAAACAGGACAUGAAACCUAAAUUUCAGUCCAAGUUAAAAACAAAGUCAGGUAUUCCCUCGUUUUUGUUGUUGUUAGCAUAUUCAGCUAACACCGGGAGAUAACAACACGAUAUGUCAUGGUUUGUACACAAAAGCAACAUAGCAGCAUGUCUACAGACUGGACAUGCACAAGACUGAGUUGCUAACGAACAUCACAGUGCACAAAGCUGUAGGAGCCUCAUCAGUCAACAGCGCAGUCAAUCAAACUGGUUUUCAAUGACUCAUUCAAACUAAUGAGCUCUGUGACAUCUAUCAGUAUGAUGAGCUCUAGCAAUAAAACGUGAGGAACAUCUAAUCUUGGCUUGGAUUUUACAGUUGGACUCAUGAAGUUUAUACGAAACACAUCACAUGAUGGUAAUGAUGAAUUUCCUUCAUGUUUUAUACACAAGGUUUUCAACUCCAGGUCACAGGUACGGGUCACAGGUGCAGGUGUUUAUUCAGACCCUAAACUGUCUUACUCAUACUAUGUACAGGUUAGAUAUUUCCAAUGAACGGCAGCUCAAAUGUCAACAGGCACACCUUUCUUUUUUAAGUCCCUGUUUUUUUCUCCAUCCUCAUUGAUCCUUUAAGGUCCAGCCAUAGUGCAGGUUGUACAAAAGAACCCAUGAUCCUAAGUGAACACGUUUGUGUUUUCUAGGAAGGAGCGUGUUUACAGACUUACGGUGUGUAUGGAAACAGUGACACCCUGUGGCUGGUUGGAGAACAGUGGUUAAUGGGGUUUAACCAUAGACUGCAUAUAGAAUGGACAGUGUCUGCCUCCUAACUGAGUGAAGCCACUCCGAGAACAGCACCCUCUGUUGAUGGGCUGCAGUAUAGGUCAUAAAUCCCGCCUCCGCCAGCAAAGCUUAUGGAGCUGUGGACAAACUUUAGAAAUUUAUUACACAGAAUGUAAAAUUUCUCCCCCCUGCCUGUGAUGUUGACAUGUAGUUACUGUAAGACUGGUUUGUGCUCAAGUCCUUCUUUUUUCUGUGCAGCUUCAUUUUUAAAAGUUAUUAGGGGGUUCAUGUUUUCUUUGACUGACACCUGAUACAACCUUAUUGGCGUUCAGGUACUGCGCAAUGUUGGUUUCAGGAAGUGGAGAAAAAAUCGUGGAAUUACUGAAAGCUUUUCAAAUCCAGAUACAGGCGGGGGGCAGAACCAAGUUGUCCAUAGUAUAUACAGUCUAUGGGUUUAACAUGAUGGUGAUGGUUUUAACCCAAUCACUGCAGACGAAAUGACUUCAUAGCAAAAUCAGACCCUGUGUUCAGAUUUGACUGAAGUCCUGAAGCCCCACUCUGCUCAUCAUCUGAUGAUCAUUCCUGACUCAGCCUAGGACUAAUAUAUAAAUAUAUAUAAUAAAAACACAGAAAAUUGCUUUCAUACACUCCUCCGGGUUUCACAUUAUUUAUUUCUGAAUGAUUUUCUGUUUAUCUGUUUGUGAUAGACCAACAGUUCCUUCUUCACUGACCUCUCAAAACCGCUGCAGGGUGUCCCCAAGAUGUCAGAUUUCUGUGUGAUCUGCAGAGAGAGUGAAUAUCAGCUGGCGCAGAUCAUUUCUGACAGAUGCUGAAAAAGAAGAGAUGGAAUGAUGUAUAUCCAUUUGAAGAGCUAUACUGAAUAAUUCUAAGCUGGUCUCUCUGGAUCAACACAAAGGUCAAAGGUUUCUCCUCCCUCUCACCAGUGUGUGUGCGUGUAUGUGUGUGUGUAUGUGUGUGUUUGCAGUCAGACUGAGUAGCAGCAAGGUGUCUCCAGUAUUACUGAGCACAGUGGAAGUCAACAUCUCCUAUGCAAACUAAAGAUCCAGCUCCCUGCCUGCAGAGACCGCAGACUCAGCAGUGGUUUUAGGGGCUCUGAAUAAAUCUGAUGGCUGGUGUGUUCAUUUCUGGUGUUUUGUGGAGAGCAGGAGUCAGACACAGCAGUCACUCAUGUCCUGUUUUUUGUUUUUUUUUUUUUACAGUAUUUUGAAGUGUACUCUAAAUGAAUUAUUGUAAAGAAAUGCAUAUAUAUGGAUGGUAUAUAAUCAUAUUUAUUGUUUCCAUACAUUUAUGAAUAAUGCCCAUGUUCUGAGCUUUCCUCUGCCUUAACUCUUGUAGCUAAAGAAAGAGACCUCUGUCAGGCGUCACUCCCUACUCUCUCCUGUAUGUCAGAGUUCUCCUCUUUCUUUGUAUAUCCACAUGUAAUCAUGUUUAGUAGCUGAAUGUGUUACUGCUGCCUCAGUGUACAGCACCAUGAAGGUGAGAUUACUUGUCGGGGUCUCUUUCGCUGUCCUCUGUAUUCAGCUCUGUCCCCAUCACUGUCUCUACAGGAAUGAUAUAGCUCCACCUCUUUUUUAUGUGGAUGGUGCCUUUUUUAUGUCACUCACCGUCUGAGGAUUUCAUGGGAAUUUGUUCAGGAGUUUUAUACCUUUUUAUUUCAUUCAGUGUUUUUGAUUUUUUAUCAUAGAGUGUGUAUAAGAAGUGGACAUAGCAGGUGAUCUCACCUAUUACUUUGUUGACGAUGCUGUCAGAGCUUAUAUGUCUUUUCUGGAUCUAUCAUGUUCGACUGCAACAGAAAAAUAACGAAGAGUCACGAUCCUGUGUAAAAUUUUAUCAGUUAGGAAAUCGUUUCAAAUUUAUAUUUAAAUGAAAAUAUGCAGAGACUACACACCAUGUUGUUGUAAUUCACACAGAAUGUGGUUUGUCAUUGUUUUGCUGAAAUAUGAAGGUCUUCCCUGAAAAAGUCAUUGUCUGGGUGGCAGCAUUGUAUGUUGCUCCAAAACCUGUUCAGAUUGUUCAGAUUUAAAGGGAUAUUCUGGCGUAAAAUUAAUUUAGGGUCAAACACGCUGUAACACCAAGUUAGACACCCCCUUGAGAGAUGAAUGUUGCCGACCACUUGCCUCUCUAGUUAUACCAACAUGAGCAAUGACCAAAUGAUAGCAAUACACAGCGGUCUACGUCUCCACAUGCAAACCCCAACCAAAAGCCACUCUAUAGCCACAAAUAAUGCUCAGAACAGCACCUAACAUCAUCAACAGCACAUACAGCACAACAGCCAUAGUACUAGCCACCAAACAUCUUUUUAGUUUUGACUAAUUUCUUCAGCAAAGAGACUAAACACAACUCACCCACUCUCCUCCAGCAGCCGCUUGUUUGUACAGAGACCUUGGACGAGUCCAUCAAUGGCUAGUUCUAUGGUUGGGACCCUAUAUGUACUGUUGAUGAAGUUAGGUGCUGUUCUGAGCAUUAUUUGUGGCAAUAGAGUGGCUUUUUGGUUGAGGUGUGCAAGUGGCUCCUGAGACCACUGUGUAUUGCUAUCACGUGGUCGUUACUUAAGUUGGUAUAACUAGAGAAGCAAGCAGUCGGCAACAACUAACUGUGUUAAUGUGUGUUUGACCAUAACUUAAAUUUACGCUGGAAUAUCCAGACAUGGAAGAUACCCAUGCCAUGGACACUUAUGAUCCCCAUUCCAUCAGAAAUGCUGGCUUUGAGCUGUGAGUCGAUAACAAGCUGAAUGGUCCCUCUUCUCUUUAGGGCAGGGGGACACAACAUCCAUCAUUUCCAAAAAGUAAUUCAUAUUUAGACACUGCCCCUUCAUUAGAGCAGGGGAUCUGAUAUCAAUGAUUCCCAAAAAGGCCGUCAAAUUUGGAUUAGUCAGACCACAGCAUAGUUUUCCACUUCCCCUCAGUCCAUCUUGAAUGGGAUCAGCGACCUCUGGUGUUUUUGGAUCAUGUUUCUCUCUGGUUUCCUCUUUGCAUUGUUCACAUUUAACCUGUAUUUGUGGAUGCAGUAAUGAGCCGUGUUCACAGACAGUGGUUUUUGAGUCCAUGCAGUGAUUUCCACUACAGAAUUUGUCUUUUAACGCAGUGCUGCCUGAGGGCCCGAAGAUCAGAGCCACCCAGUAUUGGUUUAGUCCUUGAAGAGAGAUGUCUCCAGAUUCUCUGAAUCUUUUAAUAUUAUAUACUGUAGAUGAUGAAAUCCACUAAUUAUUGGACACAUAACACUCAGGAACAUUAUUCUGAAAUGAUUGAAUUGUUUGCUCACAGUCUGUAACAGAGUGUUGUACCUCCCAUCCUUCCUUCUUAAAGACUCGACCUCUUAGAAAGUCUUUUUUGUACCUGGUUCCUGUAAGUGCUUUUUACCUCUUUGGUUUUUCCUUUCUCAACAUUUGACCUCUUUGGUUGUCCCUCUCACAACUUUUAGACCUGUUUGGUGGUUGCACUAAUAACUUUUUACCUGUAAGGUUGUUUCUGUUACAGCUUUUUACCUGUUUGUUUCAGGAAUGGGCAUUUUUAGUUAUCCCCAUGUUCAAAUAAUUGUACUUUGUAAACACUUUGCAAAAGAGCCCUUCACCCUGCUAUGCUUUUCUCAUACAUUUUCCACUCAUCACUGCAGACCAACACCAUCAGUUCACUCUUCCACUAAACUUUAUGAGGGCAUAUCUCCUCUCACAUUUGUUUUAAUUUGCAGGCUAAUCGUCUUUGCUCUGGUGUCAUCACAUUGGCAUAUGGUAACAGGGCAAGCAAAUGCUAUGAUGCGAGACGGCCUAUCAUCUGUCUCUGCCAUCUCUUCCCUGUGCUUUAUGCACAUGUGGUUAGGUGUCGGACAUGUAAUUACAGGAUAUAAAAAUUUAACACUGCAUGUUGCACAGCACAUUACUGUCAUCCUUUUUGACUAAACACUUCCACUUUUACUACUCCCAGCUGAUAUGAUGCAUGUACUUGUAAGAUAACUGAACUGCCAACCAAUGUACGAGUAGUGUAACAAUACUUGAGUAAUAAAAAUUACCAGAAGUUUUCAAUUACUUCAGUAUUUGUCCCCAUCACUAGUUUGGUUUUUCCUGUAAAAAUUUUACCUGUUUGGGUGUCCCUUUAACCUUUUUUUUCCUCUUACAACUUUUUACAAACAUGUUGCUGGCAUCAAAGUUUAAAAAUACAGCAAUUUUUCAGGGAAUAAUAACAUUUCAAUUGAUGUGUUGUCUUUGCACAUGAGUCUGUUUAAUGAAAGUAACGAUGAUUUCUCUAAUACUCAAAUAUCUUCCCCAUUCCUAGUUUAGUUGUUCCUGUUACCACAUAUCCCUUUACAAUUUUUACCUGUUAAGUUGUCAGCCAAAGUUCUUUUUUUUUUUUUUUUUUACGAACAUGUUAUUUAAAAUAUGCAGACAUUUUUCAGGGAAAAGUAACAUAUAUUAGUCUCAACAUUUGAUGUGUUGUUUUAGCACAUGUCAGUUGAAUGAAAGUAACCAUGUGUUCUCUAUUGCUCGAGUAUUCUUCCCCACUCCAGGUUUGGUUGUUCUUGUAACAAAUUUAUACCUGUUUGGGUACCCCUGUAACAAUUUUUUAACAGGUUAGGGUGUUCCUGUAACUACUUUUAAACUGUUUGGUUGCUCCUAAAACAACUUUUUACAGAUAUGUUGCCGACAUCAAAUUUAAAAUAUGCAGAUAUUUUUCAGGGAAUAACGACAUAUUUCAGUUACAGCAUUUGAUAUGUUGUCUUUCUGUCCAAAUAAAAUAUUUUCCAUAGGUUGCUGACUUUCAUUUAAAAAAUCAAUUUUUCUGUCAGUGAAAACAACUUUUUCAUCUUUUUGAGUCUAUAUUGGACUAACAUGAACCUGAUGAACUUUAAACUAGCUACAGAGGUCCUAAAAUAAUCAGAUUAUCUGAGGUGAUUAAGGAGGUGAGGAGAUGUGUCCUUUUCUUAGUCUGCCUUUACUGUACAUCUAAGCGGUGAGCUCACCCCUGCUGGCCAUCAAAGGGACUGCAGUUUUCAGACUGUGGGGCUGUUUCCACUUCUUAUAUACAGUUUGUGAUUGUGAUGGCCACUUUGUGUUUUGGGUCUUUUUGUCAUCACUGUGUAGCAUUUUGUUGUUUUUCUUUUUUUUUUUUUUUCAUGACCUGGAAACUAGCAGCUAAAAUCUAGGUGUUUAUUUCAGUGUGUGGACUUUACAGACUGUCCUAAUAGAGGAUGAUCUCUUUCUCUCUAUUAGGAACUUUCCUCACUCAUUACUAAACAUGUUUGAAAUGUUGUACAUAAAAAACACGUUUUAAGAAUUUCUCUUUGAGAUAAAAUAAUUGUCUUUAAUGCACUGUUGUUGCUCAGAUAUUUAGUGGAAAUAAACUAUUUAAUGUUUCUACUGUCUCGCUUUGUACUCCACUUCUGUCAAUGCAGCAGAUACUCCUCUGUGUAUGUUUGUGUGUGAGUGUGCAGCGAAACACUGACAUGGAGUUUGCCAUAGAUGAGUUUGUGACCGUCUUGGGGCGAAUCAACAAAUGUACAAAAGCUGAUUUGUUUAUUGUUGCAACGUUUUAUGAUGUC